GAUACUGUUAGAGCGCUAGCAUGUAAAUAAGAGCUUGCUAGAUGAAGGGAAUGGGCUGGAUUGGGGAUUGUCAGGCACACUGUUAGCAGCAUGUCUAAGAAGGAGGCGGAGAAGAAGAUGAUGGAGGAAAUCAUGGAGUCCAAAGUAAUGUGGUACCCGGACUCCAAAAGAAUUACACAGAUGGACCAAUUCAGGGCCAGAGUCAACAGCAAUUAUGGGCUCAAUCUGGGUGAGUGCCAGCCGGGAAAAUAGGGAGAUAAAUGGGUUUGCCAAACAAGUGUACCCCAAAGCGACAUAUGACUACAACUCCCAUGAUGGCUUGCUAGCCUUAUCAGGACUGGCAAAGUAUGAUGGGUGUUGCAGUUAUAGAACAACUGGAGAUCUAACUUCUGGCCACCCCUCAAUGAACCACACCAUGUGCAAUUUUUAAAUUUUCCAUCUAAAAGGCAUGCCAUAUAUAAUUCUUAAAAUUGUCCACAGAUACAUGUUCUCAUUAACCUAUUCUCAGAGUCUCUGUGAAUACAAAUGUUGCUAACCUUCCAACGUUCUAAUGCACCAGAGAUAUUUAUUCCAUACAGGAGGACUCCAGGGGGAGCUGGGAGUGGGUGGCACAGCUAGGCAUUCUGUGUAGUGUGUGUGGGACAACAGAGACAAGAUGACAACUGGUUAUGAGCUCAGCAGAGAUGGAAAGAGUUCAGGCAGGUAGCCCAGUGUAGCCUGAUGUACUUACCUGCAGGUUUAAUUACUAAAGUGAGAAAUGACAGAAAUUCAAAGUGAAUUUCAAAUGUCAGACCAAAAUAGCCAAAUUAAACACAGAAUUGACCAGCAGCAUAAAGACACAAGGAGUGCAAAUUUUUGUUUUGCAUUUACAAGACAUUGGCAAUGUAGAAAAACAAAUCCUGGGCACCCCAUUUUUACUAUUAAAAUAAUGUUUGCACCCAUAAAAUCCUUCAUGAGUUUUGGAUUAUUGGUAUUUUAUUUCAACAUGCAGGAGUAAUUAAAUUCAUUCAUGAAUGAUUCUAAUGUGUAUGCUAAUAGAAUGCUGUGUAGCUUAAUUUAUGUUUUUAAUGAAUGAAGCUAUUCUCUGCACACAUAUGAUGUACAGUCUCUCUCAUGAAAAAAGUUAUUUAGGAGUUGGGCAGAAAGCAGGAGCUUGAACAAACAGAGAAUGUGACAUAGGCUGGUAGGCCAGGAGCCCACAUCAUUGCUGUACUCUUGUGUAUGUCCUAGACUCGCUAGAGUACGAUACUGAGGUCUAUUGAGGACCCUGUGAGAACCUGCAUAGAUAAUGUCUCUCAAUGAAUGAGACAAUGCCUUAUUUCCACAACCGCUUCUAGAGAUGGCAGGGGGAAGUGACAAAUUUGACUGAGCUACGUCCGCCUUUUGUCAUCCAUUAGACAAAAUAGUCCCUACUUUACCUUAUAUCUUUUGACAGUGUUGGGAUUUCAAUGAAAGCCCAACACAUAGGAUUAUUUAUUAAACUAAGAAUCCAAAGUGACAUGAAAGUGAAUUUUAAAUUCAAGGUUUAAAUAGCCGAACCCAAAAAAUUAUCUUUGAGAGCUAUGCUUUCAGCUUGGCUACUCUGGCCUUGAAUGUGAAAUUCACUUUGAAUUCUCUCUUUCGUGAAUAACCCUAGUACAUUUUAGGAUCAUUUCAUAAAGAUUUUAUAGUUGAACCCUUUUGUCUAUUGUAGAAGCUAUACUUUUCUUUGGUCUUCAUUGUCUUAAUUAAUUUGUGCUCAGCAGAAUAUAUUUAUGUAUCUAGUUUUGGGUCAAAAAUAUAUGCAUAUCUUUUUGUUUUGCUUUUGUUUUUUACAUUCUUUAUUUUAACAAAAGGACAUCAUUAUUUACCUUGUUUACAAAAUGUAAAAAGUUGAAUUAGCAAUAACGAUUCAGAAACAGAGGGUAUUCAAGCAACAAAGAUUCUAUCCUGAAGGUGGUAACCCGUAGCCAAAACAAAAAUGAAAAUUCACAGUAAUAGAAUUGAGGUAUCUUGAGUGAUUUGAGAACAAUUUUCUAUCUAUAGAAGUAAUCACAAGGCAAAUAAACAUUACAGGCUACUCUAAGCACCAUUACAACUUUAGCUUAACGGAACACUAUAGCGUCAGGAAUACAAAUAUGUAUUCCUAACGCUAUAGAGCCCUAGUCACCGUUUAGCGCCAGGCUCCCUCGGCACUGGUGACCUCUUCUCCUCCAUCGACGUCAGCUUCCCAGUGGAGCCGAAUGCGCAUGCGGGCAAGAGGCGCGUGCGCAUUCACACCUGCCCAUAGGAAAGCAUUACUCAGUGCUUUCCUAUGGGGUUCUUUUUUUGAUGCUGGACUCCGUGAGGACAUCCAGCGUCAAAUAACUGCAAUUUACUCAGUGUAAAUCGCGGAUGCGGCCUCUUGUGGCUGUCAGGGAAACAGCCACUAGAGGCUGGAUUAACCCGGCAAUGUAAACAUAGCAGUUUCUCUGAAACUGCUAUGUUUUCAGCUACAGGGUUAAAACUAGAGGGACCUGGCACCCAGACCACUUCAUUGAUCUGAAGUGGUCUGGGUGCCUAUAGUGGUCCUUUAAUUAAAUGGUUUUGUGUAUCAUGCUCCUGUGUACAGAUCACACCACUUCUCAUUUUGUUUGCCAUUUAGUAAUUAAAGGAACACUUUAGUCACCUAGACCCCUUCAUCUCAAUGAAGUGGUUAGAAUGCGUUGGCUCUUUAGUUUUUCCAUGCAAUGUAACACAUUUUAGAAACUGUACUUUUUUCAUUGCAGGGUUAAAUUCACUUCUUAUUGUCUUCCUGACAGUCAGCAGAGGCACUUCCUACUUCAGACCGAGUAAAACUUGGUCUGAGAAUCAAAUGUUGUGGAUAUCAACAUUGGUUUCGAGGAGCAGGCCGAUUUGCUGCGCAUCUGUUCUCCAAUCCAAUGCUUUUUUAGCCUAAACAUUGGAUUGGACGAGAUCGCGGAUGACAUCAGCUAGUUUGCUGACGUUACUGGAUGUGGAGCUGGAGGCUACAGGAGAGUAGUUCAAGCGCUGAAAUGGAGGGGAGUAAAGUUUAUUUUGUUUAAAGGGACAUUAUAGUCACUAGAACAAGUGCAUCUUAAUGUAGUUGUUCUGGUUAGCUUAAUUAUUCCCUGCAGGCAUUUGAAUGCAAACACUGCCUUUUCAGAGAGUUGGCCACUAGAGGCGCUUUCUGGGGCAGUGCUGCACAGUGUUCAGCACAGCUGUUCAGCGUCUCCACACUCUACAUGGAGACACUGAACUUUGCUCAUAGAGAUGCAGUGAUUCAUAAAUUUUGAUGGUGUCAGCAAGGAGGCGUAUCAGGGGCAUGGCCAGCGCCGGUGGACCUGCACGGCGCUGCAAAUAAGGCAAGCCACCUAAAUGGUAGUUUAAACACUAUAGGGUAAGGAAUACAAGUUUGUGUUCCAGACCCUAUACUGUUCAUUUAAAUUUUACAAGACAAUGCAGAGUGGAUAGAAGGGAACCUAUAGUCCUAAAAAAAUACUUAUUCCAUUUAAAUCACUUCAUGCAGCCCUAGCCAGACCCCCUCCAUUGGAAAAAAAGGUUUUAUUAGUUCUCGUCUCCUGUUCUGUUAAUUGAACUUUAUUCACACAUAAGGCUGCUGUAGAUUAGCAGCCAAUGAAUAGAGCAGAAUAUAAGAAACAUUCUAAAUUAAUCACACUGUAAAAUAAGAAAAGCUCAAAUAAGCUUUCCAUAGAGGAUAUUUGUUCAUAUAGAAUAGGAAUUCCCCUGUCUAGGUGUUUCCUGCAAAUCCCUUUGGGUCUGUAACUUGUUAAAAAUAUAUAUAUAUUAAUAAUUACUGAUUUAGCACUCUUCAUCCCAUUUUUAACCUAAUUUGAAUGAUGGUUUAAGAUUAUUUACAAAGCUAGAAUUAUUGGAAAUUUUAGGUUAAUAAUUUUCCUGGUUUACUAUAUAAAUCCAUAGGUGGACAAUGCGAAAUAUCCAGGGUUAAGGCACUGCUUUCAAGUAGGCAUACAUUUAAUAAAGAAGACUUUGCUCUUUCCAAAUGUGAGAUGUUUGUAAAGUGUACACUUGAUUUACAUUUGUCAAACCAAUUGCUGCCUCAGAUAGAUUUACUGCUUUAAGUAUGUUAAACAAAUAUUUGUACAUGCGAAUAAAUGUGCACUUUAGAAGCAGACACUCUAUUUAAAGGGAAACUAUAGUGCUAGGAAUACAAAAAAUAGAUAGGUUUUUAGUGCCUAACACUGGAGGCCCUCAUCAUAGACAGCCACUAGAGGAGGACUUAACCCUGCAAGGUAAUUGUUGCAGUUUAUAAAAACUGCAAUAAUUACACUUGCAGGGUUAUGGGUGAUUGGAGUUGGCACCCAGAACACUCUAAUGGGCAGAAGUGGUCUGCAGAUACUGCAGAUCAUAAUAAAUGCAGAGAUACAAUUAUAUAUACAGGCCUUUAUUACAGUCAAUUUGUCUCUAUUUCUCCUGGACUUGACAGUUGACCUCUGUUAGUACUAAUUAUCAAGCUGUUAAUUGAAUAGAGAACUGCAAAUCUUAGGCAAAAAGAGGUAUUCAGUGUUGUAGAAUAUUUCAUAUUCAACUAUUUUGGCCUAAUCUGUGAAACACUGGUAAAUUAAUGAAAAUGAGACUGUUGUUCCCUUAAGUGUGAAUUGUUGGGAAUUUUUAGUGAAUAUUUUUUGUCGAAAAGGACUUGUCUCAAGGAUUUUUAAAUAUUUUGCUUUGGCGUGUACCCAUAUAGGCUCAUUACAGGCUGUCAAUCAGCCAGCCUGAAACAAGCCUAUUGGUUAGUACUCACUCAGUUCUCAUUCAAGUUUAGAUCACAUACUAUUGCAUAGGUGGCAAACUAUUUGCAUAGCAAUCUGGCAUACCCAUGUAGUAAAUCAUAGAAUAUUAUAGUAGUAACAAUAGAGUGAGUGUGUCUCAUGUUGGUGUAAUUUACAUAGUAACUGGAACUCAGCACCAAGUUAAUAGAGCUAAUAAGGUUCUCAUGCUAUCAGAAAACCUAAACUAUUACAGUCAAUAAUAUUUUAACUGACCUAAUGUUAUCCUGAGUUUUAUUUCAGGUUUAAUCAUACGUGAUUUUACAUAGAGAUUAUAUAAAAUUUUACGAAAGCAAUCUGCUUAUUUGUUAUUUAGCUGUAUACCUUUUUAAAAAAUGGUUUAUUCCCAGAGUCCCAUAUGCCAAGUCACUCCUGCAAGGCCAGAUUAUCCAGCUAUAAUCAGAUAAUAAUACUACUAAUAGCACGUGACCCUUGUUGGUUUCUCUUUUUUUUUUUUUUAUUCUUUAUUUGAUAGCAGGUACAUGCAGUAGUACAGACAGUAGCACACCUAAGCACCAUAUGCUAUUCCCUUAUUCAAAGAAUUAGAACAAAACUGAAGAAAAUGUCCAUAGUGUACAAUAGUGGAAAGCAUAUGCAACCCAUUACAACCAACACAGUAAUGCGUAAACUUAUUGACAUGUUAUAAUAUAAGGGAAACUUCCCCAUUGUUCGUGGAGGCUCAGAAAGCCGCCCAGGGCAGUGUAAGAGUGCAAGUAUAAAUAAUGUUACACAAACCCAUAAAGUGCAUCCAAGAUAUAUCUAUUAGGAUGUCCUUGCUGGCUUCUUAAAAAUCACUUCAAGACUUUCUGGGUUUAUUUACUAAACGCUAAAUUGUAACUACAAAAAUCUAGUUUAGCUGUAACCAUACCUGAGCUUGAAAAUGUUUCCAAAGCAACAAUUUGAAAUGUUUCCGUUAUCAGGGUUAUUCACGUAAGCAAAAAUUGACGAGAAUUUAUAGUGAAUUUUAAUUUUAAAGCCAAAAUAACUGAACUUGAACAAUUCUCCCAGCCAGCUAUGCUUCCAGUUUGUCUAUUCUGGUCUUAAAUUCGAAAUUCUUGUAAAUUAAAUUUUUAUUAACAUUUUCAUUGAACUUCUCGUUACUUGUUAAGUUGCAGUAAAGAGGUAGGGCUCUUGGUCCUUGGCAUGCAAAUAUACUUCAACCAGCUAGCCAUGCAGGGCUUCGAGAGGCAAGUCAAACAGUUAAGGGAAAACAAUCUAUACUGUACAUCAUAAAUAUCGGGAAGGUUACAAACCAACAAAUAUGUCGAAUCAAAGCGUAGCAAUUUAUGUUGCGGUAUUAUUUGGUAGUGUUAAGGUGUAGCCUAUGUUAUCUUGUAUUAGUGUACUGUUAGUAGUUUUCAAUGUAACUUGAGUUAGUGAUGUAGCUCCUAUGUCCAGCUUCCCAACCACAGUUGUGCCCCCUGGCACUCUAGACUGCCUGCCCAUCUGGUUGGUUCUCGUGUGUGUUCUCACCCCCGCCUCCCCCUUGGCCCCCAGUUUGUGAUGGUGUUAAAUUUGAAAUUCACUUAGAAUUCCUGACAAUACUCACUAAUAAAUAAUCCUGUAUGUUCAUUGCAAUUUGAUGUGUUUUGAAUAAAGUGCUCUAAGUAACAGUCUGUGCUCAUUGUCAGGGCCACCAUCAGAAAUUUUGGGGCCCCUAACACUGCUCAAGGUCUGGGCCCCGGGACCCCGCCCCCAAACCUCACCUCCAAACCCCACCCACAGGAAUACAAACACACACACAAACACACACACUGAUACUAAAAGGAUACACACCCACAAAGAUACACACAUACUGACACACAUACUGAAACAGACACACAGACACACACACGCAUAAGGACAUACAUACAUACAAACAUACAUACUUACUGACAGACAUAUAUACAUACAUACUGACAUAACUACAUACAGACGUACAUAUACAUACAUUCUGAAAUACACAUACAUACAGAUGCAUACAUACAUACUGCAAUACAUACGUACAUACUACACAUACAGACAGACAUACUUACAUACAUACAUACUGACAUAUACUGACAUAAAUGCACAUACAUACAGAUAUACAGGUACAUACAUACUGAUACACACACACACAGAGCUAAUUUUUCCUAACUCUUUUUUGCAGGAGAGUGGCUGGGGCUGAUGGCAGUCUGCGUGGCUCCUCCGUCCUCGCGGCCUGUCUCUCUCCCCUCCUGCGCGCAGGGAGCUGGGAGGAAGUGACAGGCCUUCACUUCCUCCCAGCUGCUGCAAUUUUUUUAAAAGGGCCUGGUCCCUGAAGAUAUAGGGCCCAUUGGGUGGCCCUAAAUUCUUCGGCCACUUGGUGGGCCCUAUCAGUGUGCCGGCCCCGGUGCAGCUGCACGUGGGGCCUGGGCCCACCAGGCCAUCGUCAUGGUUGUCACCCCCUGAUGGCGACUCUGCUCAUUUUAAAAGUUACAGUGCUAAUUGCAUCUCUGUGCAUAGUUGGCCAUAACUUCAGUGCUUUGCAAAAAUCUCUGCAGACCCUUCCUCACCAGUGCCUGACAUAAGAAGGUGAAUUUACACUUGCUCCUUUGCCAUCCAUAUUGUAUUUGUACAGUGUGUGAGCAGGUCCCUAGAACUCUUUUUCUGGUCUCAGAGAGGCUGAGCAGUGACUGCCCAUAUGCACAGUCUCAUCCAUAGAGCUUUCAGUAGGGUGAAAGAUGAGACAAUAUGGUUGCUCUCAGCUUAUUUAGCAGUUGGAUGCAUCCUAUGUUUCUAUGUUUCUAUGUAAUGAAUAGAACAGGAGAAAGAAAUACAUAUUGGAGAUUAUGGAGUAAGAUCAAACCCCAUUUACCAAAAGAAGUAGGUUCUGUUUGGUAGAGCCCCUUAAUUAUCUAGGAACAUGACUGAGGAAUGGUAUUUUGCUUAAUGUAUUUGUUUUUCAUAUUUUUUUAAGUAAUAAUUAUCACUGCUAUUCUGAGGUGCACCCUUAACGGAUCACUAUAGUGUCAGGAAAACAAACUCGUUUUCCUGACACUAUAUAACCCUUAGGACACCCCCACCCUCAGGGACCCCCUCCCGCUGGACUGAAGGGGUUAAAACCCCUUCAACCACUUACCUUAAUCCAGCGCUGGUGACCUCUCCUCCCCCGCUGACGUCAGCUCCCGAGUGGAGCGGAAUGCGCAUGUGCGGCAAGGGCCGUGCGCACAUUCAAACAGUCCAUAGGAAGGCAUUUCUCAAUGUACGUUCUGCAUGCUAAAUGCGAUUUUCGCAUCCAGCGUUGCACCCCCAUUAACCCUACAAUGUAAACAUAGCAGUUUACUCUGAAGGCUUAAAACCUGAGCUGAAGUGGUCUGGGUGACUAUAGUGUCCCUUUGCAUUUACAUUGUCUCCUAGCUACGAUAACCUCUAGUGAUUGUCACUCAGACAGCCGCUAGAGAGGCUUUCUAUACAACUUUAACUCCAAUUAAUUUGGGCCGAUACUAUUCACAAGCUGGUAGCUACGAGUUGGAAACUAGCAAUAUAAAUUCCAAUAACCAGAAUAGUCUUUGAGUAAACACUUUGUGCUUUAAAAAAAAUAUUUUGUUCCAUGUAUAUCAAGCCAACAAGAGCUGUGAUCGUUACCUACCCAGGUAGACUAUGCAUCCAUUCAUACUGAAGCAAAGAACAGUAUAUUUUCUGAAAGUAUUAUGUUUAGGGUUACCAUGACAUUUCGGCUUAGUUAUCCUUAACACUUGUGUCAGUGUAAUACAGACUCUAACCUUAAAAAUUGCUCUCAUCAUCCUCCCCUCUUUUUAUGAAUAAAUAUAGAAGAAUUCAGUAUAUUACUCAACGAGAAAGUAAUAUGGCUUUUGUAGUUAUGCAGUGCAUGAUAAAACCUUGGCAAUUGCUCUAAUGACAUCAUUUAAACCUUGUAAAGAGGAAGUAUGUAUGUGUUUUACAAUAACAGACUAUACUAUAUGGCAAUAAUCCGUAUGAGUAACUAGUGCAACAUCUUCACAGUUUGCAACAUUUGGAAAUCAAAUCCUCUUUAAAAUCAGCGAAUAUUUUUUUUUUUUUUAUAUAUACCAUAUGUGUGUGUGUGUGUGUGUGUUUGUGUGUAGUGUAGGCAUGCAGGAGUGUAUUUUUGUGUAGUGUUUGCCUUUUAAUGUGUAUGUGUAGUGUUGGCAUUUGAAAGCAUUGGGGUAUUUGUGUGUAGGAUCUGUGUGUUUGAAUGUAGAUAUUUUUAUGUGGUUAGUGUAGCAACCACAGCACAUGUGUUGUGGUUGCUAUGCAUGGAGAGCAAAAAUACUGCCUGUGGGAGGUCUCUUCUGCUCUACCUUGUCAGUCAGUUCUUCGGCAUAGAGUCUGUUCUGAAGAAUUGACUGACAGGUCCAGAGCUAUACCUUUUUAAAUAGGUGUUUCUCCCAAUACAUAUAUUUGCUAGCAAAUCUGCUAGUACAAUGUAUAGAUGAAAUUAUAUGCUCUUUCAAAAAAAGCAUAAAUUAUAGUACAAAGAAAUACCCUUUUAUAUUAAUAUACAUGUAUACAUACAUAAUAGUCUCAGGAAUAUACAUUUAAGUAACACUAGUUAACUUUCUGUAUACCUCAAGGGAACUAUUUAAGGAAUGAUUGCAAUCCUUGACACACACACUGACAUACUCACACCCACUGAAACAUACACACAUACACUGAUUUUAUAUAUAUAUAUAUAUAUAUAUAUAUAUAUUAUGUAACAGAGUGUUGGGGAUGGUGGUCAGGGGUGUAUAUCUGGCUCCCAGACUUUUGCACAGCCACUAUCCUGACAUGUGGGUAAGCACAUGCAGCCCCAGGGAAAGUUAAGUCUAAAUGUAGGUUUUUUCCUCUGUUGUUAUUUGGGUCCCUGGGGUGGAGUAUUCGGAAGAGCAGGGUGGGCCGAUUCUCCACCCACUGUCAGAGUGGUUGUGCAUGAGUCCAGCCCAGGUUUUCCAUAGAGUUCUGGCUCACUGCCUAACGAGGUCAUUAGCCUCACCUGUAGGGGCUGUGAGCAGCUAUAUAACUGCAGUUAAAGCAGGGUGAAGUGAGGGAAGUGUUUUGGAGGAGAAAGAAGGUGUUUUUGUGGAGAAAGAAGAUUUGCUGUUCAUUGUAUCCUGUUACUUCACAACAACAGAAAAUAAACAGGCCAGAGGCCUUUUUGAAACUGGACUUUGUCUUGACCUGGUUUUCUUACCCUAGAGGGCUGUGCGGUUGCCAAAAGAUCCUGGACAAACACACACAGGAAAGACAUACAAACUAACCCAUAUGGACACUCGCUGGCACACCCAAACUCACACACGCACCCUGACCCAUAUGGACACUCGCUGGCACACCCAGACUGACACACACUCACUGACCCAUAUGGACACUCACUGGCACACCCAGACUGACACACACUCACUAACCCAUAUGGACACUUGCUGGCACAUCCAGACUGACACACAAUCACUGACCCAUACAGAGUGCACACUGACCCAUAUGGACACUCGCUGGCACAUCCAGACUGACACACACUCACUGACCCAUGCAGAGUGCACACUGACCCAUAUGGACACUCGCAGGCACAUCCAGACGACACACUCACUGACCCAUGCAGAGUGCACACUGACCAGCUGGCUGUCUCACUGGCUGGUGUUGUAACUGAGCUCCCCUGCUGCUUUUUAGUCUCCUUUCCCCACACACUCUUCACCUUGUGGGAGAAAUUGAAUUGUAAUAACUUCCUACCAGCAUAGUGGCAGGGAACAGCUGUCUAAUUACCAGGUAUGCAGGACAUGUCCCGAGACUUGGUUUUGCUGGCACCAGAGCCGAGAACAUGGGACUGCCCUGGCAAAAAACACGACAGUUGGCAACUAGCAGUGAAGUCAAUCUGGCAUGUGGAAGAAAUCUGUUGCUUUUGGAGUAAAGGUCAAUAUGACUAAGUGCAUGACUGUUUUUCUGUUUCUUUCUUGCAGUUGUGAUGGCACUGUUAAGGGUUAUUCAUUGAAGUGUUACAUUUUUAAAUUUUUAAAGGUAAUGUGAAUUCACAAGUGAGUUUUAUAUUGUAGGCCAGUAAAGCUGAAUUGAAAAUGUAGCUGUCUUAAAGACUUUUUCCAGUUUAGCUUUUGAAAUUCACUUUAAAGUUUAUUCACUAAACUCCAAAGUGUAGUAAACUGAGAUACAAAUGUCAAAAUUCGGCCUAAAAUGGACAAGCUGUGGCUAUAGCUAAGCUGGAGAAUUUCUCCAAAUCCGCUAUGGUUCCCUAAAUUUUGCUCAUGUUGUGGGUUCAUUGAGGUACACACUUUAAGUAUAUAAUUUUCUUUUGUAAUUUUUGAUGCCAUAAAACUUACAAUUUUAUAUUUCGAUAAAGACCACUGUAUUACUUUUUUUUUUUUUACUAAGAACUUAUUAUUGUUAUUAUUUUUAAAUGUUUAUUGGAUGGGAAGUACUUUUGUAUUUUGUUUUCCCAUAUUUCCAAAUACAUUUAUGUAUGUUAAGCUAAAGAAUAGGUGGGAGAAAACCAAAAAUUAUGAGGAAAUGUGUAGCAAAAAGCUUUGUGCCCAUUCAGUCUACCCAUUUUAUAUGAUCUUUUUUUAUCUGUUGCAUGUAAUUUUAUUUGAUCUUACAUUUUUGACUUCCUUCAAUUCAUGACAGUGUUCAAAGUUCCAACCCGUACAGGAUGCCAUUGCAAUAUAAGUAGUUAAAUCAUAUUCAAACGGUUUGACUUCGUACUUGGGGUCUGCCAGAAAAUCUGUUGGCUCUACUGAGCUAAGCCCUGGACCAUUGGGCUUUGGUCAGAGCUGAGAACUUCCAGCUAGAGAGGGGUCAGGGACCCAUAUAGAUGCACAGAUAAGAAUUGACAGUAUUCUAGAAUGGUUUGACCACUUACAUUGUUACGGUGCCAGGGAACUCCUGACACCAUAAUUGCUACAGCUUAUUGCGGUGAUUAUAGUAUUCGGAGUGUUUCUUUAAAGGGACUCUCCAGUGCCAGGAAAACCUAUUUGUUUUCCUGGCACUGCAGGACCCUACAGUGCCCGUUUCCUUCCCACCCCCCAUCCCAAGUUGCUUACCGGAAUCCAGCACCGAUGUCUCUCGGCGCUGGGUCAGGCUCCGCCUGCUCUCCUCCCCCGCCGACGUCAGCCGGUGGGAGAGACCUAAUGCGCAUGCGCGGAAAUGGUCGCUCAUGUGCAAUAGACCUCCCCAUAGGAAAGCAUUUUUCAAUGCUUUCCUAUGGGGAUUUCGGCGACGCUGGAGGUCCUCACAUAGCGUGAGGACGUCCAGCGUCGUAUAACACACUUUUCAUGUGCUAAAAACACGGAGGUCCCUCUAGUGGCUGUCUGACAGACAACCACUAGAGGAGGACUUAACCCUGCAAGGUAAUGUAGUACAGUUUGGAAAAACUGCAAUGAUUACACUUGCAGGGUUAAAGGUGGUGGGAGUUGCCCUUUAAGUCUGCUUCUAAGGAGUUUAAAUUUUGUAAUCCAACAUCUUAAGUAGAACAUUCUUAGUCUACAUAUCUUGUCUAACAUAUUUAAAAACUACAGGAAACUUACUGGUAAUAUUUUCAAAGGAUACAAAGGUGAAAAUAAAUAGAAGUAAAAUGUAAGGUAGGAACCUGUUUUGGAAGUUACAGCUUUGAGGUACAUGUCUGUAAUUGAUAGUCUAUUACACCUCUUUUCCAGAAAGUUACAAUGAUCUAUACCAGUGGUCUGUGGAGUGCUAUCCAGAGUUUUGGGCGGAAUUUUGGGACUUCAGUGGCAUUGUAUAUUCUCGCCGGUAUGACGAGGUAUGUUCAUCCUCAAUUUACGUGUGUUGAGUAAAAUUACUACUGAGGAUAUACUAGUAUCUUAAAUCACUGCUGGGCAGAGGUAAUGGCGGUGCAGUCCCCUUAGACCAUAAUAACAGACACCUGAUUGAUGGAGCUUCUAUCUGGUGAGGGCGAAAUGUGUCUACUACAGAUACUUGUGCUGUGCAAGUACAGGACCAUUUAGAACUGUAAAUAUAUAUAGAUAUUUGUCCCUUAUUUUUUAUUAUGUGUUUGUUUGUUUUUUGCCCACUGGAGUUUUAUCUAUAUAUUAUUAAAAUUUAUUAUUAUUAUUAUUAUUAUUAUUACAUUUAUUAUUAGUAUUUAUAUAGCUCCAACAUAUUCCGUGGCAGGUUACAAGCACAUGGCCACAUUUAGUGGAUGAACUUCUAAUUUGCAGCAGUGACCAUGAAAAAAUAUGGAAUGUUUUAGCUCAUCACUCCACUUUUAGUAUUUUGCCCUGGAAUUUCUCAUUAUACGUAAUCCCCAUAAUGUGUUCAUUUCUGUGCACAUCAGCAAAAGGUCAACACCAAAAAUGCUGGUUGUAGCUGCACAUCAAAUGUAAAUGUAUCUCUGAUUUCUGUGAGCAUUUACAGUUUACAAAUGCAGCUUAGAAACAUGCUUAUGAGAAUGUUCACAGAAUCAGAAAUUGCUAAAGGAAUUUUGGUCUAAAAUAGUGAAUUUGGAAAGAUUCUCCAAUUCCGCUUACGGUAUUUAUUUGAGAUGUCUGAUUUUACUGUCACUCCUGUUCAGUAAAUAACUUUAAGUGAAAGGAAUAUAUGGUAGAUGCAGUAUUGGAAACUACCUCCAUAUAAGUAUGAAUUUACUUUGAUUUAUUAAUAAUAUUUUUAUCAAUUAUAAUCAAUCUUUUCUGUUAUGUCAUUACCUCUUGCUUGGCUAUUCUUAUUUUCUGAAUUAUUUAUUAUAUGUGAAAGGUUUGCAUUAUAUCUGCAUCUAUUUCCAUCUCUAUACAUUUAAUAUUUUCAGAUGUUUUCUGAUGUAGGUCGAUCAAAAUUAUGACAUCAGUCACUAUACAUAACAGAGAUUUUCCUUAAAGGCUUACCCCAUGCACCAUGACCACUUUAGUGAUUGAAAUGAUUUAAAGUGGUCAUGGAGUUUGUAUGUGCAGUGUUUCGCCGUUAAACGCUGCAUAUACAGAGUUUAAUGCAUUUGCUACCAGACUUGUACCUCAAUCUCUGGCAGCAUCAUGGUAGUACCAUCAACUAGCCAGGCUGACUAAUGUCAAUUCUGUACAAAUUUAGAGUUGCAGACAUUCAUUCAUUGGCUGAGAACGAUCAGCUGACAAUACUCUCAGAAAAUGACUGGCAGGAUCAACAUCUGGAUUCUUCAGCCCUGCAGAAACCAGAUGCUGUAAACACUGCUUCCAAGUAGACUAGGCACCCGGGAGGACCAGGUAAGUGGACAAACAUUGUAAAACACUUUGCCCCAUUACCGGGAAACAUCGCCAGAGUACUCCUAAUAUCAUAACCAAUACAGCAUGCUUAGUUGUUAUGAUGGUUGGAGUAACCCUUUAGCAUAUUUCAAAUCAAACAACACUUGAUUAUUAUUUACUAAUCUGGAAAAUGUUGCUUUAUUGAGCAGGCAAUUGCAAAUUUUAGGGCAAAACAGCUGAUCUAUAAGAAUAUUUCUAGUUCAGUGAUUUUGGUCCAAGAUUUGCAAUCCACUGGGGAAUUUCUGUCCAUUCCUAGUUUAGUGGAUAAUCCUUCAAAAAAUGCUUCUGAAUAAACAACAAAUAAAAUUAUAAUAAGUAUUACUUUUAUGAGCUCAACAUUUUUUUUUUAACCACAUUUGUUUUCCUCCUGAUUUCAUCCCCCCCGCUUCCUUCUUUAUUUCAAAUAUUUGUGUUUGUCUUGUAUUCACCUUUUAACUGCUUACAUUUUCACAUACCCAAGCCAAACUCUGAUUACAGUGUUCUUGAGUUGUUUACUUGUAUGCCUAGUUUUAGCAGGAAUACUUUUUUGGCAAUGGCAAAGGAGCAAAGAGCUACAUUAUGAAAUGGAGGAGAAGUAAUAAAGUCAGCAGAAAACACAGACCGUUUUAUCACUAUAUAGUAAAUAUAGGGUAGAGACAGAGAAAAAGGAUACAUAGUGGUGAACAAUGUAUUAUCAGAAAUUGAGGGGUUCUAGAGACAUAGAAAUAAACCACAUGACCAAAGAUAAAUUGGUUUAUGGAGGUCUCCAAAAUUCUUUAUUACGUGCUUCAUCAAAAUAUAUACUUUGUAUCCAGGGUCGCCCCUGGCAUAUGUGGAAUAAUUUUGGGGCCCUUUUAUCCACUCCUCCUUAUCUCCGGUUCCCUUUCAACGGGUACCACAACACUAGGAGCGGGAUCUUGGUCUAUGAUGGUCUAUUGGAUGCACUGUGAGGUAUAUGCAUUUCUCUGGUGCACACCUUUCACUGUUGCCAUGACAUGAGCGUGUCCUUAAUCACUUUGAGCGUCUUCUCACAACCGAUAGAGAGGUGCACCAAAGAUAUAGACAUAUAUAGAUCACAUUGCAACCACUGAACCAUCAGGAAAGUAGCACUGUUCCUCCCCCAAAGUGUUUGCUACUCUCAUCUCUUCUUAAGGGCAUCUUACUCAUAUUAAAUGAGUAUGAAGGGCCAGGGUUAGUUUUUAUUUAAUCUUUGGACAGCACUUGGACUUCAUUGCCCAGUCUGCUUAGCCUUAGUGAGAGUAACAACUUUGUUUCUGAUAUAAGGUUGGUGGAGAGAGAGAAUACAUAAUUAUGAAGUGUGUAUUAUGGUAAAACAAUGUCACUUAUCAGUUCUGGUGACAAGAUAGGAGGGUAAAUGGUUGAAUGGUUUACGGAUGUCCCCAGAAAUGAAAGAUGGCAUUAUAGUCUAGCAUGUAAGCUCAUUGAGCAGGGCCCUCAACCCCUCUGUUCCUGUGUCCAACUUGUCUGGUUACAACUACAUGUCUGUUCGUCCACCCAUUGUAAAGCGCUGCGGAAUUUGACGGCGCUCUAUAAAUAUCAUAAUAAUAGUCGAAUGACCUUGUGGGAAUUUCUCAAAACAUCUUACUCCCAUCACUCUGUGGCAAUACUCACAGAUGUAGUACAGUGACCCUGCAAAAUGCUUAGUGUUUUGCUGUAGUGCGGAAGGUCAGCCCUUCCAUAGACUUGCUGUAAGUGCAUUGAAACAAUUCACUUAAAGUAACACUUAAGAAUAUGCUGAAACCCUAAAAAGCUUUUAUGUCUAUUGCACUUGAAGAAUCAAGUUCAGUAACAGUGACCUGGUAGAUUGCAUACACAGAAUGAAUCUGUAACAACUCCUAUGCAUUAAUAUAUCCUAAAGAUGAGUGACUUUUUGAUUUAGGAGCUGUUUUGGUUGUAUUUACCUCCAGACUGUGUGAAAAGCUGAUAGCUGGUAGCCAUGUCUUUAACUCCUUCAAAAAUGGAUGUAGAGGGAUUUUAAACAGCUUCACUUGUGACACAUUUAAGCAACAGGGUGGACUUAUAACUGGAGCAAUUUGCAGCAGUUACAUGUCAGUGCUCCUAGUGCUGUAACCUGUUCUAGUAAUAUACAUUGUUAUGGUUUUGAUGUGUCCCUUUAAAUAUAUUCAAAAGCUUGUUAUACAGACAAGAUAAGGUUUUAAGUACAUAACAAGCAGGAAACAUUACAUUCACGAAUGUAAACUAAAAAAGCAUGGAACAAUCCGUCUGUCAAAUAUUAAGAGCUGUACUAAGGGGUGUAUUAAAAAGUAUUUAUCAUAAAAGCCUGUCACUAGUCAUUUAAAUAAAAUGUGUGCAUCUAACUAAGGCUGGGAAGUGUCCGAUAAACACUAACCCCUACCUCAGCACUGUAACUGCCUGCAUUAAUUUACUGAGUUAUUAUCUUAACAGCCACCCUUGUUCACAGGUUGAGAUAAUGGUAGUACCAAAUAUUCAAUUGCAGAGAACAGCAUAGACAGAACGGAUGUGUGAGUAACAGGUGGUGGAGUACAUAUCAGACGAGGGUGAAGCAAUUGCAAGGUCGUUCAAAUCACAGCACUUGAACAAACACAGACAAGCUGGGAUGAAGCAAUAGCAUUGUCUGUAAAAGUCAAUAGUCUGAUGAUAAAUAGUCAUAUGAGAAAGGGCAUGGGUAGUGGGUACCAUCAAGGUUAUGGUACACUUUUUUUUAGUGCCAAAGGCAACUUUGAGAGAAAACUACUUGCUGGUUUAAGGCAUGUAUCACCUUACCUCCUCUAUUCAUGCUGCUGUGCAUUUAAAGUUAAGCUGGUACUUGCGCAUGUAUAGUUCAAUAAGGAUGUAACUCUGUUAGUACUAUUUGAUGGAGACCUCUAUGUUUCUAUAUAGCUACAUCUACAUAUGCUACAACCUCCCUUUCAUUCUUUGGAAAGAAGAGAGGCAGUAACCUUAGAAUGCUAUGGAAAUAGUUGGAGACAUGGUUGCCUGUGACUCUGUAAUGGAUUAGUAAGUACCUGUGCCUUUGGAUGUGAGCCAGGCAUAAUCUCACCAAUACCGUAAUACUGAUCCAUUCAGCAAGCUUGACUUAUACAGUCUGUCUGCUUAUGAAAGAGAAAUAAUAAAACACAUCUUAAAAGUCGGAUUACUAAUGAAAAUAUGCAUUUUGAUGCUUAUGCUCCUGUUCGUGACCUUCAUACUUUUAAAUUGUGCAGACGUGGCCGAAAGUAUUGGUUCUCCUCUCCCUUUUUUAAGGAAAAUGCUGAAUUUCCUCUGCACUAAGUGAAAAUUGACAGAAGUAUUUGGUGUCCACCAUUCUAUAUUUCAAAUGUAAUUGAACAGAAACUUCACUUUUGAUUUAUGACUUCACAUAUUACUUUAAGCAGUAAAAUGAAUGAGAAUGACACUGACAAAAAUAUUGGUACUCUUAACCUGUGGAGACAGUAACUGCAGUCAUGCACUUUCUGUAACUGUGAAUAAGAUUUCUACACUUUCCGACUAGGAGCAAGCUGCUCCAGUUCUCUCAGGUUUGCUGGCUACCUUUUCCAAACAGUAAGUUUCAUCUCUUUCGACGGAUGUCCGAUGGCAUUCAGAUCUGGACUCCAAGAAGGCCACUUUGGAAUGGUCCAAAAUUUCUUAUCAUCCAAUCUUUUUGAGGUAUGUUUUGGGUCAUAACCCUGAGGAGGACCCAAGACCUGUGACUGAGAAACAACGAUCUGUGAGGAUAGUUAUGGGAUGAUAAAUAUUAAAAAUAAUUUUAUUUUUAAAAUAUUUAAAAUAUUUUCAUAGAAAUGAUCAAAAAUGUAUUUAAUAAUUUUUAUUAUAUCAAAAAUUUAUAUAUUGGCACUGUUACCCUUGAUUGUUUUAAAGCGAAGAGCUACCCACUAUUUUAAGUCUUAUAAACCCUGGGGUAAGUUUUUUAUUAGAGAAUUUAUAUUUCACACAUUAAUCACAAACUCAUUAUAAAAAUAUAAUUUAUUGUUAAAAUAAUUAAUAAUAAUAUAAUAUGUAACAUGCGUGACAUUCAGUGAAUAUUUAGGUAUAACAUAUGUAUACAAUAUGACGACAGUUUAGACACAAUUUCAGAUAGCUUAUAGCAACAUUUUUAUUCACAUAGAUGCAAAUUUCAACAAGAUUUCAGACAGGACACUUUUUUUUUUAAAAUCAGCUAGGCAAUUCCUAACAAAGAACUUUCCACAGCUUUGAAAAAUUUUCAGCACAGCUUUCAGCUAUAAAAACUUAGCUGCCAGUUUUAAUCACACUGAGUUAACUCACUCACUACUGGCUACAAUUCUCACAGGAUAAAGAACUUUUAUAUUGUAAUUUACAAAUACAAUAUUUCUCGUACCAGAUCAGUUUAACCAUUCCUUCUCAUCCAAUAAACACUAAGAAUAAUUCUAACCAGAUUUUUACCUUUACAGAAGAUUAACUUUUCCUGAUUAACCCCUUAAGGACCAAACUUCUGGAAUAAAAGGGAAUCAUGACAUGUCACACAUGUCAUGUGUCCUUAAGGGGUUAAAGAUUACUAUCUCUAAAUUCAGAAAAGUAAAUAUCUCUGGAUAAGAUUUUGAAAUGCUAAAGUUAGCAAAUUACCACUUAUUAUUACCACAAAUUAUUCACUUAUUUUUCCUGCAGUAAGGAGCACUAUAUUUCAGUAGCCAAAUAUGGUUUCUGACCAGCCUUUAAGCAGGUAUAUUUCUGCUUUUAUUAAAAAUGUAUUAAUUUAAAUUAAAUUAAAUAAAACCAGCAUAUUUAUCAGCUUUCUUGGUAGAAUUUUUUUUAGCUUGGAGAUAUUCCAUACAUUGUGUAUGCAAGUCUGAGUAUAGAGCAGUGGUUCCCAAACCUUUUUAGGUUCAAGGCACCCUUAAUAUUUCAGUAUUUUACAAAGGCACCCCAAGUCAAAAUUACUAGGUUGUAUAUCUGUACAGCGCCGUGGCAUUUACUGGCGCUAUAGUGUAAUGUACAGUGUUGGUGUUUGAAAAUGUACUUGUAUAUAGUUAGUGUGUUUUAAUACAGGGGUGUGUUUGUAUCUAAUGUUUGAUUGAAGGGGUGUGUCUGAAUGUUCACUUUUAAAUGCAGAUGUACAUUUGUGUGAAGUAUUUGUGUGUUGAGUGAAGGGGUGUGUUUGUGUGUAUAUAUAUAUAUAUAUAUUUAUUUUUUUUAGUUUGAAUGCAGGGGUGUGUUUGUAAAUAAUAUUUGUGUUUGAUUGCAGGAGUGUGCUUGUAUGUUGUGCUGGUGUUUGACUGCUUGGAUGAAUGCACAUACACUACCACAUACUUACACAGGUAUUCAUGCACGUAAAUACACAGACACCUACACAUACACAUACACACAAAUUCAUCAGACACCAACACGUAUACACAUAUAGAUACACACAUUCACACCGGCAUAUACACACAUGCACCUUGACACGCACAAACAUUGAUACAUGCCCACACCAUAACACAGAUACACACACUGACAUAAAAACACACACCCUUACACACAGAUGCACAUACACAGAUGUGUGCGCAGACACAGAAGCACGCUGAUGUGUGUGUAAUAUAUAUAUAUAUAUAUAUAUAUAUAAUCUCCACGAAGAAAGGCAAAGUAAGCUGGAGGGAACAGCAGGGUGGCUGGAGAUAUUUUUAAAAAUCACUUGUAUGAGUAUGAGUGUGUGUAUGUGUAUGAUUUUGUAUGUGUGCCCACGCUGGGCUUUUUGAAGAAAUUAUUCGGCUUUAUUCAUAACACAAAGGGUUACAGCAAAUCGAUGUUUCAGUCCAUCAUAGGACUUUCAAAAAGCCCAGCAUGUGCACACAUUCAAACACAUACACACACUCAUCCAAGUGAUUUUAAAAAAUAUCUCCAGCCACCCUCCUGUUCCCUCCACCUCCAGCUUACCUUUUGUGCCAGAAGGGUGGCUUUGAGUUCUGCUGCUGUAGGAGAGUGGUCUGGAGCUCUUCAUGAUCCUCUCCCCUCAUGCUGCGGCAACCUCAUCCUGCGCUGUCUCCCUGCAGGAUGCUGGGAGGAAGUGACAGGCUGUCACUUCCUCCCAGCCGGCCGACGUCACAUGCGCCCGGUCGUGGUCUUAAAGGACCGCGGCACCCGACCGGGCCCCUGUUCAGUAGUCAUGUUGCCCCUGUGCUAUAAUUAUAGCACCAGGGAAACAUUCAGUGGCACCCCUGCGUGCACGUCGCAGCGCCCCAUGGCACACAGUUUGGGAACUGCUGGUAUAGAGAAUUGUGGGAAAUAGGACAUUUAUCAGCGUUCUGAUUUUUAAAGAAUUUCAAAGUUUCAGUUGGAGAAGAUUUUUCAGAGUCCCAGAAUUAGUUGGAAGAGAUAGUGUUAGGUGUGUCCCUGUCUCCUGCUCCAGAUCUCAGAUUUCCUCUCAGCUAUCCCCAAUUUUUAAAGGAGAAGCUUCCCUACAAUAUCUUUACGUCACUUGUUUAAAGUGGCCAAUAGAGUAAGGUGGGCGUGUCUUACCUACAGACUAUCAUCUAGACUUUGGUCAAUAGAUGGCGUAGUAACACCACAAGAAAUUCUUGUCAGGAAGUAGAACUACCACUUUGUUUCAGGGAUUAACUGAAUUAGUGAUGCGUUUAAUGUCACAAGUCCUAAUCUUUAUGGUACCCAUCCAUCAAAAACCUGUCAUUCUUUAAAGAAUUUUCUUAGUCUGACUGUCUGGGUUUUGGGCCAUAAAAAUGGAUUUUGACACAUCUAGCCUUGGUUUCACCUUCUCUAAUAAUGGAGCUCUGUAUCAAUUCUUUAACUUUAAAAAGUAAAAUUAAUUACUUUUAGUGUUAUCUGUUUCUUGUAAUCCUGUGUCUGGUUUUUGUAUGAAUCUAUGUGUGUAGCACUUAAUAAUGUGAGAACAUGUGAUAUCACAUGUCUCUUACACACAUUCCACUAAUAUUAGUUUAUUAAUAUGACAUUUCUUUAUUGAUAUUCUAUUAUUAUUAUUAUUAUUAUUAUAUUUAUAUAGUGCCAGCAAAUUCAGUAGCGUCUUACAAUGAGUGGACUAGCAAACAUGUAAUUGUAACCAGACAAGUUUGACACACAGAAACAGAGGGUUGGAGGGCCCUGCUCAAUGAGCUUACAUGCUAGAGGGAGUGGGGUAAAGUAACACGAAAGGAAGUAGAUUGGUAGAAUACUAUCCAUGAAUGAUCAAUAAUAUUAACAUUGGUGCUAAUAUAUAUAUGUCCUGAAGAAGGCUUGAGGGGAUCAAGCUAAAACGUUGACUUGAUUUUUAUUGGUAAAAUAAAAGUUCAAUUUUAGAUAAGUCCUUGGAGUGCUAUCUUUUGCAACUUUUAUUUAUAUAUAUAUAUAUAUAUAUAUAUAUAUAUAUAUAGUGUAUAUCUAGAUAUGUGUCUGUGGCGGACCCCCUCGCACUCCGACAGGGUGCCUCCGCCAAUCACUGCUUCCUAGUAACUCCUGAGUACUUCCAAGCACUCCACCCGACACCAUAACUACUGCAGUCCCUGUGGCCAGCGUUACAGCUGGGGUCUCGCUGUCCUCCACCCACCCUGGACCCAAGCCAGAGAUCCAACUUCCAGUGAGACGACCUCUCCUCCAAGAGAGUGUAGCAGUGUGUGCUUUAAAGAGCAAGUGAUUAUAAUCCAAGGGAGUAUAGUGAUUAUAGCAAUCCCCAUAAUGAAUAUAACUGUCCCCUCUACAUAUGAGACAAGGCUCUAUGUUAAGGGUGAAGUGGAACUGUUAUAAUGGGUGCCACACACGGCCUUUUAUGUGAGUCCCCAUGCAAGAGGUUUCUUUCCUGGUGCAUAUUCCAGGGGAAAUCCCCUCUGGACCUGAGAGGAGACUGGUUAUAAGCAAACAUUUAACAUAUUCCUCCUCUGUGCCUGAGAGAUCAUUACCUGAGCACACAACAUAUAAUUUAAUUAUCUCCCAGUACAGAAACAUGCAAUAUAACAAAUUCCCCAAAAUACCCCCAAAACACAUGAAAACCCGGGAUUUUCAUGGAAGUCAACUAUUUGACAGACAGUUCACAUGGUCCUAUGCCCAAAACAGUUCCAUGCGAUCAGGGCUAACAGUCAGUCUUUCUGGAGUACAAAAGUACAUAAAUUACAUGAAUGGAGCCUUUUAAAGUGCAUUGGGCAAGGUAUAUUGCAGGACCCAUAGUCCUGAGGCAAGAGGCUGGCAAGCAGGCUCCUCCAGGAGCCUGUGGCGAGGUUCUUUUCGCCACAAUAUGUGUUUGUGGUAAAAAAAGGUCUAGUAAAAAAAAAUUCUAUCUCUGGCCAGUGUUUACGUUAGAGUUACAGAAAUAAAAAUGUGUCUGUCUUUGCAUUUUUGUUACAAAAUGGAGUCAUCUCUGCUUAAUGGUGAUUUACAAUAUACAUUUUUAAUUUCUAUCUUAACACACUGGCGGAACUAGCGCGGUCGCAGGGGUCGCAGCUGCGACCAAGCCCGUCAUUCCAGGGGGCCAGGUCGCCCUUUCGACCCCUGUGACUGAGGUAGUUCCUCCAGCAUUUUGAUGCGGCCUUGACCGCGCAGAAAAACCGCCGGGGCUGCAUUGAAGGAGCCCAUUGGGUGGCCUGUGCUCUUGGGGCCACCCAAUGGCAAUGGAUUUCCUGGGGCCCGGUCAGCGCUGCGGCGCGUGUGUCUGUGUGUGUGUGUGUGAAAGAGAAUGUCUGUAUCAGUAUAUCUGUGUGUAUGUAUGUAUGUGACUUUGUGUGUGUGUCUGUAUGUAUGGGUCUCUGUGUGGGUGUGUCUGCGUGUGUAUCUGUUUGUCUGCAUGUGGGGGGGAGGGGCGGGGACGUGUGUCGGGUAGAUGUAUGGGUUGGGGGCUGCAGGGCAAUUUUUGCACAGCGGCCCACGUGGUUUCUAGUUAUGCCUCUGCCCUGACAUAUCUGUCACUUCAAUUCUAUAGUGCCUUGACAGUCUUCUGAUUUCAUUGUACCCUGGACAGAUUCUAGGCAUUCAAUGCCAAAGGCAACAAAGUAACCCCAAAACAUCACUGAGCCUUCUCCAUGUUUGUAGGGAUGAUGUAUUUUUCUCUGAAAGCUUCUUUUUUCUUUAUGUAAACAUGGAGUUGUAAUUUGUCAUAAUACUGUACUUUUGUUUUGUCUGUCUAAAGGACAUUCUCCCAGAACGACUGUGGCUUCUCAACAUACGUUAUGACAAGCUACAGUUGGAGUUUAGGUCAAAUUGUGCAUUACAGUAUUUAAUUAAAAUAAAAAGGCAAAGGUACUAAUACUUUCGGCCACAUGUGUAAGCACUUUCAAAGGCAAGUUCCUUCUUUUCUUGUGUUAUAAUAUGUUUUCACUGAAAUUUCUGAAUGUAAAUGUGAGUCCAUUGCUAAUGCAAGACAAUAAUUAUUUUUCUUCAGGUAAUUGACCGGACGAAAGGAAUUGCUGAUAUCCCUGAGUGGUUUCGAGGCAGCCGUCUGAACUACGCAGAGAAUCUUCUUAAACACAAAGAAAAUGACAAAAUUGCUCUGUAUGGUGCCCGUAAGUACCACAAAACCACUGAUUAGUACGUUACCACCACAGAGCAUUGGUGUAAAUAGACAUUAUUAGAACUAUAGCAGGAAUGUAUGUGAAUUUGAGUUUAUUGUAUAAGCAGCUUUUGGCACUCCUGUAUCUUUUGGUAAGUGCAAGAGUUAAGAAACAUUUAGGACAUAACGUGUGUAUUCACAAGCUAUAAACAGGUCCAAGUUCCAUAUGAAAUGUGUGGCCAAUUUAUUGCCUGGUUAUAGGAAGUGCUCCUCUAGUCAUCUUGGGAAACACGCAACAUUGUAAUUGGCUGUUAAAAUAAAUCCUGGUGGGGGGGGCGUGGCCUGAACCUGAAACGGAGUGGACGCCAUCUCUGCCUGCUCCUAACAAGCCUGAAACAAAUCUGCAAACAUCCUGCAAAGGAACCGACCGAUUGCCAGACCCACCUCAACCGGCAUCGGGGCGACGAAGCGCACACAUUGAUGCCUUUCUUUCAACCCCAGAGAUCUGGCAAGGUGAAACGGAGGCUCAAGGCCUAUCCCUCGCCGACCAUCUUCGUGCUCGAGGACUUCCUAGGGGGGUGUACAGCCGGGGUGAGCAUACGCUAUCAAGCGACCCCCUGCCGACCCACAACGAUACCCCAACGAAUAUGGGGAGACGUACGCAAAAAGCACAGUCCGGACACCCAGCAGAGCAGCCUGACAUUGGGGCUCUACUACAGAGACAGGCACAAUCCAAGAUGGCCACGGAGGCUCAAACUCCGACAACGACCCGUGCUGCAUCUCAUACUCCCACACAAACGGAGAAUAACAGUGAGUACACCCUGACACCACCACAGGCACCACCUGACAACACACUGGCCACCAAACAGGACCUCCUUAAUUGGGUGCAAGACAUCAAGGAGACACUGGCCACAGAUGUGGGCCUGCUUAAAGGGGAAGUACAAAAAGUAACUGAAAGAGUAAGGGUGACAGAGGAGAGCAUCGUGAACAUUCAAACAGACAUCACACAAGUAAAAGAAGCAAUACAACAAAUGCAGACUACCCAAAUGGGACUCUCCCUACAACUGUCGACCCACGAAGACCGAGCUGGCGCAAUCACGUUAAAAUACGAGGGAUACCCCCCUGACAUCACACCUGAUGAACUGCCUCACUAUGUGAGAAGGCUUCUGGCCACCAUUCUACCGCCAGCAACAGCUAGGAAGAGGCUCCUUGAUGGGCUCUACAGGCUCCCACCCUCGAAUACUAUGCCCAACACAACUCCCAGGGAUGUUAUCUUACGCUGUGCCACCACACAGGACAAAAACAACAUCAUGUCGGCAGUACGGGACAAAACCCCCUUGACCUUUGAAAACGCACAGCUGUUAUUUUUCCAGGACUUAACCAGAGCCACCCUUCAGUGGCGCCGAACACUGUCCCACUUUACAAACCAACUGCGCUCCGCAGGGGUGCCAUACCGCUGGGGUGCACCUCGAUCCCUGCUAAUCACUCACAAUGGGACCACGCACAGAGUUUCCACGCCCACAGAAGUACCUGCGGUGCUCACCAAGAUGGGUCUAUCGGCAAGAAACGACACAGCAGAGACCCCUGCACAGAGAUGGGAUCCAGACACUGUACCAUUCACCCCGAGAAACAUGAUACCGACAAACCGGGCCACCUGAAUGACAACGGCUAGAAAGAACUCUUAGAAACCACACAAAGUCCCUGGAGACGGGACGGUGUAAAUGACUGCUCCAGCCACGGAAGACUUAUGGUUUUCCUUUAGAAUGUUUCUUCUUAAAAGUUUAAUAUAUAUUAUUUUCCUUUUCCUCCUCUCUUAUGUAUAUAAUUACCAUAUUGUUAUUGCCUUGUGCGACAUAUGUCACUGCGCUUCACACCCUUGACAGCACGCAGGUAAAUGUUAACCCAUAGAUGACCGAUAUACACCAACAGCUUCACACAACGGUCGGGGAAGCAGAAGCUCCACAAGCUUCCCCCCCCCCCGCCAGCCCCUUAGGUCAGGGGUACAUCAUCCUCCGGGAAACCCUAGACACAUGGGUGCCCAGUCCACCAACAUCAAACGCACGUUCACCCACAGCCUGACCAAGAUAUCUUGACACAAGACCCGCUCACAUAAGACAAGCUGAGCAACUUUAUCAUACUCAACCUCAACAGUGAGCUGGGCAACCCGGCACCACGAACCGCCACGAGCCCGGGGACAUAAUACACCUGAACACAACCAUCACACAGCUCUUGAUCACUCAUAGUAGGUGACAUCCUGGCACAACACCACAUGAACACCUGUAAUACAGCACCCUGUAACCUUGAAAACUACAACUGUCACCCCCACACACCACUCCUGCUGACACACACCCUUUUACCUCUUGUCUUAUACUAAAAAUAAAAAUGUGCGCAAACCUCAAAUGCCAUAAUGUUACACCAACUGAACCGCUUGAAAAUUAUGACUCCUGCUGUUGUGGCAGAGUAAGCAUGUAUGUAAACGCAAGCACAAUGCAAAAAUAAAGAAAAAAAAAAAAAAAAAAAAAAUCCUGGUAGCAGUACUAUCAUUUUUCUUUUACAGGUAGAAAGAAAAUACAAAGAAGGUACAUUUAAUUGAAUGUCACAGGAAAUACAUGAACUCCAAUUACAUUGCACAAACAUACCAAGAGCCUUUUCCCCUUUGUUCAAUGUCACCUGUGAGCAAGAAAGAGUUUCUUUAUUUAACGCUUAUUUUGCUACACAAUCUGUAUAUUUAGGUAAUUUUUCUCUAAAUCCUGUUAUACACUAGGUAUCGGUGAUUUAGCAUAGACUGUAAGCAUGGAGACAAUAGAUUUGUUGGCAUAUUAGUGCACAUAGCUAACAUAUUGCAGUGUGUGUUGUGCAGGGUUGUGAGACAUAAAUAAUGCAUUUUAUUAAAUACAACUUUGAUAUAAUGUUAGCUAACGUGUAAAAAAUAUUUGUCACCUGUAAAUAUAGUUAGUGGGGGGAAAAAAGAGAGUUUGAAUUAUUCAUCUCUGAUUUACCCAUUCCUCUGUCUUGCUACCCUUGAGUUCUAAAUCGGUGUCAUCGUGUCCUGUGACAGUGUGUGUUAGUUAUUUCUAGCACUUGAUAAACCUUUGCACAGCUGAUGUCAUACCCACUCACUGACGUCAGCAUUUACACUCAGGUAUAGGCAACUUGAUAUGCUCUUUAACAACAUACAAAAAAAGGUACAUGUGUAUAUUGUAAGAUAUUUUUUCCCCUUUUGAAUUCAAAUUCUCUGGAAGCAUGUUAUAGGUGUGGCACAAACAAAAGCAAAUUCUGCUCUACUAUUGCUGCAUUCUUGAAACUGGACAGAAUCUUAACUGCGGAAUUUGUUGGCGCUAUAUAAAUAAUAUAAUAAUAAUAAUAUAAGCACCAUCUGUUAUCCCUGAAUCAGUGCUUUUACAGAACACUUCAUCUUCAGCUAUGUGAUUUGAUGCAGCGUUUUGCCUCAGCCUGACUGGCGUGGCUCCUUCACGUGAAUUCUAAUACCCUUUAAACUCAUUCUUGGAAGUCCGCCUAUCAUCACAAUUUUCUCUUAAUCCCUCCUGGCCACGUGUCACUCCCAACCUCUACCCAGUACUGUCAAAGGAAUAUAGACUGUGGGGCCUCUGCAGACGUGAAAGGGUUAAAAAGUGAAUUUGUGGAGUUUUUAUUUUUUGUAACUAGGUGUGUGUGCUCUAAUAUCUGUUUUCCCUUUGACUGUGUGUGCAGGAAAGAAAAUUAUUGCCGCUCCUCUACAUUCUUAUCAUUUUUUUUUGUCUCAUGACCUUUGUAGCCUCUUUUUUCUUUUUAAAAGCUGUGUGGAGUUACUAGUAACAUGGCACCUCAUUUGGACACUAAAUAUGUAUUGACAUCACUGGAUUGUGUUAACAGUCCAUUUGGCUUUUAUUGUGUUACCCAAACACAAUAUAAUUUUCUGUCAGUGAGUGGCCACAAAUGAGUGUAAUUUGCCAAAUCUAGUUUGCAGUGGGUACACAUUCAUCUCAUUAACUUGAGGAGAAAACCAUUUCAGGUUUAAUGUACCUAUUGAUUUAUAGAUAUGAUAGCAAUUUGACAAGUGUUGUGUGUAUGUAUUGUUUUAUUGUCUAUUUAAAACACUUGCCAUUCAUUUUUAUGUAGUCUUCAACCUCUGUCCAGGGGUAAUUCUAUUUAUUUUACUCCUAAUUCCUCUCAGGUGAAGGCAAGGAGAAUGUGGAGAAGGUUACGUUUGAAGAGCUUAGAAGGAAUGUCGCCCUGUUUGCAGCUGCCAUGAGGAAGAUGGGUGUUAAUACUGGGGACAGAGUCGUUGGUAACUGUCUGCAUGUAUAUCUUGUGUGCCAAAAGAGCUUUUCUUAAAGAUUAUAAAAUGACAGCUUGGCUUUAAUAAAAACACUCUUAUCUCUUAAGUGUAAUUAUCCCUUCAAUAGAACGUGGAUGCAGUUACAUGUAAUGUUCAUGUUUAACACCUGGACACUUUACAAGCGAUGUCGUAAAAUGUGCAUAUAAGUGUGAUAAUACACAUAUGUGUGUAUGUAUAUGUACGUAUAUGUGUAUUUUAGCCAAUAAUGUGUAAAUAUUUUCACAGGACUGUAUUUUUCUAGAGUAACAUAGCAGCUAGAACAAAUUCUAUUGUACAAAGCAGCUUGUCCCUCUGCUGGCAGCUUGAGAGACCAUCACCAUUUAUAUUCCAGCUUGGCAGGCCAUCAAUAUUCAAAUCCCACUUGGCAAAAUGAAUAUACAUUUGGAGCUAUGUGUUCUGUGGAUCAGUGCUUAGUCAAGCUAAUGCAUUAACAUUAGAUUGUAGACAGCUGAUUGAUAUAGCAAUAGCAAAAAUAGUGGUUUAUUAACGAAACGAGUUGUUGCAAAAGAGCAAUGUACAACUUUUAGACCCCAAGAGAUAAAUUAAGAAAACAAAAGUACCCCUUACAUAUGCAUAGAAUUGUUGCCAAAUGGCAACAAUAAAAAAAUAAAAUGAAAAAGAAAGAAUAAACUUAACAUUGAAAUACCAUCAAUGUUACAAUGGUAUAUGGCAAUAAACAUUUUCAUUUUAGCACAGUGCUGUAUACUAGUAUAAAUGCGCAUUACAUUCACCAGAAAAAACAUUCUCCAGCUUCCAGGUUUAAAAAAUUGAGGUGCGCAUUCAAUUCGAUGGCGCAUUACAUUCGAGUAAAUCCGGUAUAUCGUUUCAUGUGAACCAUCACUUCUAAGAAAUUUGAAUAUCAUAUUUACUUUGCUUCUAUUUAUACUUAACAAAUAUGCAUUUGUUUGGUUCAACAAGUUAAGCUAAAUUUUGAAGCCAGCAAGCUGUAUUUAUCAUUAUCCCUGCCAUCACACAGGUCCUGAUUUGCCAUACUGUAGAAUAUAAAGUGUAAAUAAAGAACAGAAUGCCUUUUACAUGCAUUUAUGGUGAUGAAUUUUAAGUCUCCUGAAAUUUCUGGUAGGUUAUACAAAUCAUUACCAUUUAUGCAGUGUGUAAAGAUUUGUACGCAUAUUGUUCUCAUUUUUCUAGCAUGUAGUUUUCGGUGGUGCCAAAUUACUUUGGCUACAGUUUUUUUUAGUAACUAUUCUAAAUGGGCUGUUUUGGUUUUUAGGUUAUCUUCCAAAUAGCAUUGAGACCGUUGAAGCAAUGCUGGCUGCAGCUAGUAUUGGAGCAAUCUGGAGUGCUACAUCUCCUGACUUUGGAGUCAACGUAAGUGUCAUCAUUUCUUCUUCACAUGAUGAAAUUGGAUGUGUAAGGGCUGAAAUAAACUGCAUUAACUCAAGGAUUUAUUUUCAGUGGUUGGUCGUAAAUGGAUGUCACAUGCUAGGUCUUGCAGAUGUUAUGGAUAUAGGUCAAUAUACAAGGUCCAUAUGCCAGACCAUAUAUGAAAAUGAAAUCUCAAGUAUCCAAAGGCAAAAGAUGGAUAGUAGGAAGAGAGAAACAACAAGGAGGAGGAUGGAAUAUAGUACUGGUUGAAAUGAUACAGGAGGGAAGGAAUGGAAGGUAUGAACCAGGUUUAGAUCAGAGUAGAAUCCUGAGGUUUGCAUAAAGGAGUACUGUGCAUGCAACUUAAUUAUAAUGGCCACAACAGUGAGUGCAGUCACACAUGUUAUGAACUGGUACCUGCGUAGGCACAGGUAAGUCCCAUGACCUUCCAUACCAACAAUGGUUUGGGCGUAACCAAGAAUCUUGAUAUAGAGGGAUGAGGAGAGAGGGAGUUUAAAAAACAAACAAAAAAACAUAUUACUUCAAUGGAGGGAGGUGGGAGGAAAUAACCAAAAUAUGUAUAGCUUUCUCUAUCAUUCAUAACCCUGUGUAGUGUGCACCAAACCGUUCCUGAAAGAAAAUUGUAAAUCUUUUUUAUUUAAGAUACAUUGGAUAUUCUUUUACGGGCUUUUAUUUUUUUUCUUACUUAACCUAUGCGCCAUGAAGCUAUGAAUCCUGUUUAAUUGUUUCCACAUCCAUAUAUCGGGUUUAUAUUUACUAUGUAAAUAGAGGUUAGAGGUGUGCAAUCAGAAUACGGGAAGGAAGCCAAAGUCAAUACAUGUGCCAUAUAUAGAGAUAUUCUAAGUGUAUUUUAAAGAGAUAAUUCUAUAAACUUUCCUUUAUUGAUGCAAAUGUUGGUUAAAAUGAUUGCACUUUUGGAUAACCUUUUUAAAUAAAGUUACAAAAAAAUCAUGUUUAAACAUAUUUUAAUAAUAUUAAAUCAUUUUAAAAGUUUAUCCAAAAAAUAUUAAAUUGAGGCCUUAGUUUGGAUAAAUUUGUAUCUUAUUAUUUGAUACCUUUUUAUCUUGGUAUGAAGCAUAUGGCAAUGUCUUCCUGUUUGCUACAUUCUGUAGAAGAAGCCCUUUGGUGGUAACCGGCAAACUUGGUAGAGGGGGCCUAGGAGUAGAUAGCGACAUACCCUCUCCUGUUUACAAAUAAAUAAAUAUUCUCAUUGUGAUUUCAGAGAUAGACUGCCACCUCCUGGCUGAGAAGUGGUAAUGUUACCAGCAUACUCCAUGAGCCUUUUAAGCCGUGAGAGAGCUCUGAAUGUAAAAUAACUUGUAUCUUAACAGUGUUUCAAGUUUAAAAAAUGGGUAAUCAGUCUAUUGGGAACAGAGAUUAUUGUGGUGAAAUGCAAAAUGAUCACUUUAUAUUGUGGAUGGAUGGGGAACGAGUUAAACAGACAUAGCUUCAUGAUACUAUAAGAAGGCGUAGAGAAUUAGAGCCAGGUUUAUGUCAGAGCAGAGAUUUUUUUUUUUUAAAGGAAUGCUUGUAUAAUGGACUUCAGAUAUUUAUACAGCAUAAAAAAAUAUAUUAAACACAUUUUUCGUUUUUGCACGUCUUUAGCUAUGUAAAAGUUACUGUAUUUAUAUUUUUGUCUAUUUUUUUAUUUAGUUCCCAGUUAAAGCCUAUGAAUAAAUGUAAGCUCAGAGAGCUUACUUUUGUACGGCUUUCCUUAGAAAUUCCAACCUUGAUCAAGUCAUUUGUAACUUUAGAGGUUUUUUUUUUAUAUUUCUUCAGUACUAUCAAGCCUUUAUAUUGGAAUGUCCUCUCAAUAAUAAAACAUGUAUUUAUAAUGUGUAAAUCUCAAACUGGUUUAUUAUGGGCUGUGUACACAGCUUUUGACAGCAUUUAGGUAGCGGUUGGAAUAACCUUAGGUAAUACAGCUUUGGGACAUGAUGGACAUAUCACAAGCAUAUUUCCAAUCUGAGGAAUUGGUAUUUGGUCUUUAAGGAUAAUGUUAAAAGAAUACUAUAGUCUGCAAAUCCACUUUAGCUUAAUUAAGCAGUUUUUGGUAGAUCAUGCUUCUGUAGUAUACCUGCUCAAUUCACUGCAAUUUAGGAGUUAAAUCACUGUUGUUUCUAUUUAUGUAGCCCUAGCCACACCUCCCCUGGCUGGGACUCACACGUGAAAAAAAAUGGUUUAAUUUUCAAUCCAAUCCUAAACAUACUUUAGUAGUUUUUAUCUCCUGCUCUGCAAAUCAAACUUUAAUCACACAAAUGAGGCUCCUGCAGGCUGUAGCAAGUUACUAACAAAGCAUGAGAUAAUUUAUUGCACAGUCUGUUUAAUUUAGAAUUAAUUAAGUUAAACAUUUGAUCUCUCUUUACAGGAAGUCACAAGCAGGGGUGUGUGACCAGGACGCAUAAACAGUGAUUUAACUCCUAGAAUUGAGCUGUGAGACUACAUUAUUAUUAUUAUUAUUAUUUUAUUAUUUAUAUAGCUCCAGCAAAUUCUGUAGCAGACAUGAUCUAUACACCAAAACCACUUAAUUAAGCAAAAGCUGUUUUGGUGCCUGUAGUACCCAUUUAAAUAAAGAAAAGGCUCUGGUCUCCUACUGAGGAAUAUAGGAUAAAGUAGUUUAUGUUUCUAAAAUUGUAAAUAAAAAAAAUGUUGGUUCCAACAUUUGUCUACUUGAUUUCAAUGAAAGUAGACAGUUCUGCUAAAUGUAUACCAUACUUGUUUAACACAGUUGUAAAUAUGAAUAAUCCUUUUGCUGAACAUAUCAUUUGGUGGAAACUUACUAAUCAUAUGAUCCAUCAGUGUUCCUUGUAGGAUCUGGACAUAUCUCUGGAAAUUUCUUAAGAUUUAUACAUUUACAUUUAAAUCUGCAGUUCUCCCAAGUUACCACCGGAGAGCAAUACAAUUCCAUGGUACAUUGACUUAUGUAUCACUUGGAAGGUCUUCUUCCUAUUUAAAUUGUUUUUUAAUUAUUAUUCUUUAAUACAUUUCUUUAGUAAGUUUUUAUUGCAAAGUCCAUCUUCUGCUUAUGUCCUUGUUCUUGGCUACUAUCUAAUAAAAAAAAUUCACAUAUUAAAAUGAGAAUAUUGGUUUGUUCACCUAUUUUGCCUACAUUUGUUUUUUCAUAGAGUGUAAGAAGUCCAUAGAAUAUGUUCUGAUUCCUUCCUGAAACUGCGAUGCAUUAUUUAGGAUAGCCACCCAAAAGUGAUUUUGAACACUAGAGUUUAAUUAUGACUAUUUAAUUUGGUUAUUUAACAGUGGCACAAAUAAUUAUAUACCUUUAGCUCUCUCUGCCAUCACAUACAAAUUCCUCUGCUACCUCUUGUCUCAUACCCCCAUUUCAACCUUUAGAUUGUAAGCUCACGGCCAGGGCCAUCUACCUGUUGUAUCGAUCUGUUCUUAUUGUGUUUGUCUUUUUCCCAGUUGUACAGCGCUGUGGAGUUUGUUGGCGCUUUAUAAAUGCCAGUACUACUACUACUACUACUACUACUACUAAUAAUAAUAAUGAUCUAAAAUGUUUUACUUGCCUUACUUCACUGUGUGCACCAGUAUCGCAGUGUUUGGUGGUUCUGGUGUCUAGAGUGUCCCAUUAAUUGGGUACAAUGAGCAUGCUGUCAUAAUGAGAUGGUCCAAUGAUAGGAUUUUUCAGAAUAAAAUUCUUACAGGGUUAUUGUCACUGCUCCCGGCUCUUCUGCCGGCGUGGCUGCACAUAAACUAGGUAGCCAUGCCGACAGAUGUAUCAGACUUACCUUGGUUGUGGCGGGCAGCUGCCUGGUCUCCCUCCGUUCCGCUCCCCAGCGGGUGCGACAUUCUUAGUAACGUUGGCCGCUGCGGUUCAGAUUUUCAUAAUAAACUUACCUUUGCCCACAUCAAAGAUGGCGCCAACGUGCGUGCGACGUCACGUCAUAGACGCACAUGCACGUUUUAGGGUCAGAGGUCAGGGACAGCCAAUUACAGCCUAAAGAGGGUUAUUUAAACCCAUAUUACCUUUUUGUCAGUGCCCUGUCAUGGUUUCCACUAGCUGUUUAUCUGAGAGUUUGUUCCUGAUCGUGUUUCUUCUGGUAUCUGAUUUGGCUUUGUUUCGACUUCCCUGAUUUCUGGUAUCCUUUGACUUCUGGCCUUCCUCAUCGUUGCGUCUCAUUCUGUGUCCCUGACCUGGCAAGUAUUUUGACUAUUCUCUGGUUUGGUAUGUUAAAGGACGACUAUAGGCACCCAGACCACUUCAGCUCAAUGAAGUGGUCUGGGUGCCAGGUCCCUCUAGGGUUAACCCUGCCUGCUGUAAACAUAGCACUUUCACAGAAACUGCUAUGUUUACAUUAGGGUUAAUCCAGCCUCUAGUGGCUGUCUCAUUGACAGCCGCUAGAGGCGCUUCUGAUUUUCACAGUGAGAAGACGCCUGCGUCCAUAGGAAAGCAUUUAGAGCCCGGCGGGUGGGGGGACCUAUUAACACUAUAGUGCCAGGAAAAUAGUUUGUUUUCCUGGCACUAUAGUGGUCCUUUAAGACCGGCCAUUCUAAGGUCCGGUUAGACGUUAUCCUUAGUCCUAGGUGUGAUACUAUUCUGCGUGCUGGAUCAACUAUAAUCCUGACAGUUAUUCACUAAAAUGAGAAUUUAAUUUUAAAUUUAAUUCAAAAUAGCCAAGCUACUCUGACCUUAGUUUUGAAAUUUACUUUAAAUUCACAUUAUGGAUCUUGUCCUUGCAAGCUAAAUGGAAGUAAAUCAGUCAAGGAACACUUUAUUAAAAAAAAUUAUAAAAAAAACAAACCCUUCCUCAUCAAUUUAGUAGAUGAAUCUCCAAAUAAAAAUAUUCAUGUAAAUUAUUUGGCAUAUUUUCCUUGGAGCUAUUUGAAAUCUUGGUUGCAAUAGCUGCAACCACUGUAAGCCUUCCUCUUAUUCCCUAGUAGAGACUUUCUGUGACUGUCCAGUCACAGACUUCUCAUUGAGGUGUAUUACCCACUCUACAAUCCAAGUCUCCAAAAUGUAUUAUCGAUAAGGAAUAGACAAGGGAACUACAACUUUUAGGUCAAAAUGGCCUAGCUGGAAUAAAAAGCUGAUUUUGCAAUUAAGAUAUGGGUAAACAUUUGCAGUUUCUUGGUAAAUUGUUGUGAACCUAGAACCAAAUUUAAGUUUUUAGGUCAAAGUAGCUGAUUCAGUUUACUGUUUACUGAAUAAUCCUCUUUGCAUAAUUCUUCACAGUUAAACGUUUAACAAAUAAACUCUCUAGUACUCUCUGCAAGAUAGAGAGCAUGUUAGAUAACAUAUUGUAUUAGCCUAUAGAGUCAUAUAUUACAGCAGUGUCCAAGUUUUUUCUGCAGUGGGCCACUUCAUCAUUAAUUUUGUGAGCACGGGCCGCACUCAUUUUUCACUGAGAGAAAAUAUCACCUUUUAGCUGUGUAAUGCAUGUUAAUACUGGGUUAAUCUUGUUGCGCUUCUGUCUUCCUUCUGACCCUUGCAUAUGACUUCAUGCACAAGGUAGAGGAGGGAUUAUGUGCACUACACUUCAAAUUUAACUGAUACAUGCAGCGCAGGCCCCCUCAUUUCUCCUCAGAAAAAUGCAUCUUCACGUGUGUGUCCAUUAAUCUUACUCUUGAAUUUCUUAUCUCCUCUUUUGAAUGUCUUACCUCCUUUAGUUUAUUUUAUCCUCCACUUUUUUCCUCCGCCUGUCUCUUACUCGCCUCAGUGCUUUUGUGUGUCUCUUUUUACCCCAACUCUUUUGCGUGUCUCUUACUUAUUUGUGUGUCUCUUAUUUCACCUGUGUGUGUGUGUGUGCUUUUCUUCCAAAGCUUGUUUGUGUGCAUCUUUCUCCCCUCUCCCUGCCUCUUUCUGUGUCUUUCUCUCCUUCCCCAGCACCCUUUGGGUAUCUAUUUCUCCCACCAGCCCCUCUGCAUGUCUCUUUCUCCUCCAGCCCCUUAAGUGUCUUUUUUUUCCUCCUCCCUGUCCCUCUUUGUUUCUCUCUCCCUCCCCUGCAGCCUCUCUGUAUGUCUCUUUCUCACCCAGCCCCAUGUGUGUGUCUCUUUUUCCCCUGCCUCUCCCUCUGUGUUUCUCUUCACCCCAGCAUCAUGUCUCUUUCUUUUUCCAGCCCAUGUCUGUCACUUCUGCCAUUCCCCAGGCCUGUCUGUCUCUUUUGCUCCUUUCCCAGCCCCUCCAUGUGUCUCAUUCCCCCCCAGACCCUCCAUGCGUGUUAUUCCCCCGCCCUCCAUGUGUCUCAUCCCCAGCUCCUACAUGUCUCUAAUUCCACCCCCCCCUCCAUGUCUCUCAUUUUCCCCAGGCUCUCCAUGUGUCUCAUUCUCACCCCCAUCUCCUAGAUGUCUAAUUCCCCCAGCUUCUCCUCCAUGUCUCUCAUUCCCCCCCCUCCCCAAACCCUCCAUGUCUCUCAUUUCCCCCAGGCCCUCUAUGUGUCUCAUUCCCCCACCCCAGCUCCUAGAUGUCUCUAAUUCCCCCCAGCCCCUUCAUGUGUCUCAUUACCCUCACACCCCUCCGUCCCUCCAUGUGUCUCAUUACCCCCUCACCCCUCCAUGUGUCUCAUACUCUCCCCCCUGUGCCAGAUCACCUCCCCUAUGUAGCGUGACUGAGCUGCAGACCGUGGUAGAGGAUCUCUUGUAACCUCUUUCAAGUCUGGCAGGAAGCAAUUUGGCACACUCAGUGAGUACUUCCUGUCAGACUGGGUAGAGGAUUCAGUAGCUCCUCUACCACGGGCCAUGGCUCGGCCACGCUACAUUCAGAGACACCUGUGCUGUUUGCUCCACUCCUGCCAGAUCCUUCCACAUUUAUUUAAAUACAGGGAAUAAUGCUGCAAUAAAUACAGUAUUACUCCCUGUAUUUUGGCCAUUUACUGUACUGUAAGAUGUAUAAGUUUUAUCUGAUGAGAAAAUAUAAAUAUCACAAUAUUGGUUAUAAUGUGGAUUGGGCGGUGUACAUAAUUAAAAUGACACACUAAAAAUAUAUAAUUUAUUAGUCAGAGGAAAAGAAGGGGUAAUCUCUGUGUAACCUCUUUAACUUCAUGGAAUGCUAGAUAGAGCUCCAUGACAUUUCCUAGAUAAAGAGUAGACAUGCAGAUAGUUUGAUUCUCAAAGUAAGACCUGGAACGUUACAUCUACAGAUAUACAUUGGAAUCUGUAUUGAGCAAAUCUUAAUGAAAAUGAUUACCUCUGACUUUGGCACACGACUGAAGAAAUUUGGUCUUUGUUGCUGGGUUUUGUGUAUAACCUCAGAUCCAUUCUGUAGUGGACUCACUUACCCUAUGUUUUCAUGAUUAAGCCAUACAGUUGCUGACAGGAGCAGUAAUGUUUACAAGGUGAAAUUAUUUGCUUAGCCACAGUUAUAAGCAGCCCAUUUGUAUAAUGAACACUGAUAGAUGUCCAUGCCAAAUUUUGAGAUUGAAGAAAACUUAAGCUGACUUCGGAAAACAGUUGUUCUUUGUGGUUUGAUUUUGAAGCAGAAUCUGAAGGAGUGCAGUGUUACUCUGUUACUGCUGACUGCGGAUGCAAUUACAGACUCUAUAAAGUAAGCUAACAGGAGUGUUAAAGGGAGUGUUACUAUCUUUUUAUCACCAACCUUGAUAAAUAAUGAAGUUUUAUUUGGGUGAAAUGUGCUGCAGAAUUGACAGAAUACAUCGUGCUAGAGCAUCUGCUAGUUAUUUUUCCACAUGGUGGCAAAUAAGAGAGAUGAACUUUUAAGCUGGAUUCUCUUUGAAAUUGAUGGGACCCAUGUUGCUUGAGCAACUUGCUGUAGUUGCCAAAAAUAAUGCUCACAGCCACAUCAUGGGGUAGACCUGGUUGUGUGCCAGAUGCCUGUCUGUACUUCAUUGAAAUCUUGCGAGGAUUACUAAAAAAAUAUCUGUAGGUUUAUUUAUUAAAGGGGAAUUAAUGAAUAAUGUCCAGACGGUAAUGUCGAAAGACCUCCUUUUUAAAAAAAAAUUGUCAUUUGUCCUAAUAUUUACAAUUUCCGAGUCAAUCCUUGACAUAUCUCAGUUUAGUGGCAAACUUUAUUAAUCAAAUUAAAAAGUGUAACAUAAAAACAACAAAACAUUUACACAACUAAUAGAUAACUUUCGGAUAAAUGUUUAAAUUUGCCCUAAAUAUUUAAAGGAAAACUCUAAACAUCUAAAACACUUUAUAUUUUUUUUCCUAUUGUGCAUAUUUUAAUAGAAAUUGCCACUGUUUAAAAUGAAACUUCUUACAUCCCUCUGGUUAUUAAUCAGACAGAGAGGGACAGGGGGCUAGCAGUGCAUUAUGGGUAUUAUAACAGUGUUAUCCCCACAGGCAGUCUAGGAAUGGUGGUCCUGGAAUUAAAGGCAUCAGCUGAGGAUAUCUGGAACAGACCCCAAACUGUGGAAAUAUAAAGUUUAUCAUGAUAAAUUCUAUAUUUGCUUUAUCAGGACAUGUUGUAUAUUAAAAUGAAUCUUGUCAUGGCAGGUUUAAUUUAAGUGACAGUUUCUCGUUAACGGUCAACCCAGCUCUUUUAAAAAAAAUAAUUUCAUUUUUUAAAUUUAUUUUUUAAUGCCAGAGGAUUACAUUGUGGCAGUGAUCGUGAAGUGAUGUAAUUAUCAAACUCCUCUAUGUUUGUCUUCCCAAUUGAUUAAAAUGCCUUUGUUCUCUCUGCAGGGUGUUCUGGACAGGUUUUCCCAAAUUCAACCAAAGUUAAUCUUCUCAGUUGAAGCUGUAGUUUACAAUGGAAAGGAACAUGCACACCUGGAUAAGCUACAGAGUGUAGUUAAAGGUACACCGUGUGAUUUUUAUUUAUUUUAUUCCUCAUUGCAAGUGUACAGUUUGGUUAAAGUUUCACUGUAGGGUCAGGAACACACACAUAUAUUCCUGACCCUAUAGUGACAACCCACCAGUAAGGUGGCUUGCCCCCCCUACCCCCUUAAAGGACCCAUCUAGGCACCCAGACUACUUCAGCUUAAUGAAGUGGUCUGGGUGCCAGGUCCAGCUAGGGUUAACCCAUUUUUUUAUAAACAUAGCAGUUUCAGAGAAACUGCUAUGUUUGUAAAUGGGUUAAUCCUUCCUCUAAUUCCUCUUGUGGCUGUCUCAUUGACAGCCGCUAGAGGCGCUUGCGUGAUUCUCACUGUUAAAAUCACAGUGAGAGCAUGCAAGCGUCCAUAGGAAAGCAUUGUAAAUGCUUUCCUAUGAGACCGGCUGAAUGCGCGCGCAGCUCUUGCCGCGCGUGCGCAUUCAGCCGAAUGGGAGGAAUGGGGGCGGAGAGCUCCCUGCCCAGCGCUGGAAAAAGGUACGUUUUAACCCCUUUCCUCCCCCUAGAGCCCGGGUAUGUUUUCCUGACACUAUAGUGGUCCUUUAACCCACUCAGAAUGGGUUAAAACUCACCGUACUUUCAGCUCUCCACAGGUCCGCUGGCCCCGCCCUUGGGGACAUCAUCAAAAUUGCCGAUGUUUAGCCAAUCCAAUGCUUUCCCACAGGGCAAUUUUGGUCAACCAGCACCUCCUCAUAGAGAUGCAUUGACUCAGUGCAUCUCUAUGAGGACAAUUCUGCGUCCCUAUGCACAGAGUGGGGACGCUGAAUGGCAGGGCUGCCUAGUGUGCAGCCCUGAGCCAGGAAGCCCCUCCAGUGGCCAUCUGCUUGGAGGUGUCCCUAGGGGCAAUGUAAACACCAUUGUAAACACUGCCUUUUCUGUGAAAAGGCAGUGUUUACAUGAAAAUGCCUGAAGGGAGCCAUUAUACUCACCAGAACAACUACAUUAAGCUGUAGUUGUUCUGGUGACUAUAGUGUCCCUUUAAUGAAAGUUUUACAGAAUGGAUGUAGUGCCAUUAAUCUAAAGGCAUUCACAUUGUUAACAUUGUAGUACUAAUGGCUGUUCAGAAUAUAUAAAGCCACCUGUUAACUUUUGAUUUGCUUAUAGUAAGGAUUUAUUGUAGUUCCCUUGUCUACUGUAGAAAUGUAACAGCUGGACUAAAAAGGGAUACACUAGAAUUAAUCACGUAAACCAACAUAUAUGCUCCUCAUCUAAUGAAUAAGAGAAACUUAGAUAUGUGGACCAGUCGGAGGUCAACCUGGGUGAGGUGCUGGAUGGAGGAGAUUGGGAGGAUAUCUGGGAGGCCCGUCCCAAAUCUUGCAUGUGACUCUCCAGUAACAAUCCCGUAAACCAUUAUUCCACUGGUAUAAUACUCCUUUUAAGCUGUGCCGCAUGGGUAGGUCUGUCACAGAUACCUGCUGGCGUCAUUGAGGGGAGAGGGGUACAUACAUACACAUGUAGUGGACUUACUCACAUGCAAUAGAUUUCUGGACAGAGGAAUGCUCACUGGUAUCCACAAUUUUCUAUAGGCACUUUGCCCUUAACCCCUUGUCUUUUCUGUUUUCUCAGCCUAUAAAGGGUAUAAUCACUAGGGAGCAGAGGCUCUUUAAUAUACUCAAUUUGGCUGCAUGUCAUGCUGUGGCUCAGUCAUGGUUGCAGGUUGGGGUCCCUUUUUAUAGCACAAGUCAUUUUGAAGAUUAAAGACACAUACCAGAUGGACAAAUUGACAGCGUAGGUCAGAAACACUUGAUUUAUAUUUAAUAAGAUUUGGUCACCAUUUGAGUAUUAAUAAGGUCAGCAGAGUUGGCUGCUUAGAUUCAAGUGGCUCCAAUCCCCUGACCCUUGGCACUCUUCUAUUUUUAUUUUUAUCUUUUUAUCUUAUAGUAUUGGGAUUUACUUUUUUUGGUUCCUAUUAAUCCUAGAAGAAGAUUUACCCUCCAUGUAUAUUGUAAAUCAACAGGCUCUGGAGUAUAAUGCCCUCAAUUAUGUUUAUUCUAACACGUCACCUCUUAAUACUGUGGUGCACUAUUGCCUUUACCUAAUUAAAGAGUAAUAAAAAAGGGAUACCCUGCAGGUUGGUAGGGAUGGGCUGAAAGGAUAAGUUAAAGGAUGACCCAAUAAAAGAAAAACUAAAGGAAAUUUAAAAAUAAUAUCCAACAAAACUAGCUGUAACCUAACAUGCACAUUGCACCAAACCUAUAAGAUGCCUUGAGUGUCCUUUUAAAUGUACUUACUUGGCUAGAUAUAAUGUAAUGUUUUUUUAUUGCACCAUUCACACACUAGUCCACAAGCAUUUUUUUAUUUAUUUGCUGUUUACUGUACAAUACACUUGAACGUUCAUUCUCAUCAGCAACAAAGUUGUUCAGGGAAUUAGUACUACUCCAGUCAUUCACGCUGUGGUAGAAGUGGAUACUGAGUGGCUUGUCACUUCUCCGCUGAACAUAGUUAUUGGAAAUGUGAAUUCAGUUGGAGGAUUGCAGCUAUAGGGAUCUGCAAAUACACCAUCAAUAUGCAUCAAGGGAAACACUGUUGAUGGCAAAAUACAUCGAUUUAUUUGUGUAAAUAACUUUAGAGACAUUCUUUAAUAUGCUGAAAUUAUGAUUUUUUUAUCUCUGAUUUCUGAAUAGAUAGAAUUCUGCUGCAUAUUACUAUUCUGUAUGUGUAUUUCUUUUAGGACAACUAAACUGACUAUUCAAUACCACAUCUCCUUUUUUCUGCAGGAUUGCCCGACUUGAGAAAGGUAGUUGUGAUUCCUUAUGUUCACCCAAAAGAAAAAAUCGAUAUUUCCAAGAUCCCAAAUAGGUACGAGUUUUAUAAGCCUAGCCUUUUGCCAUACCAAUAUGAUUCUGGCUGUAGAACUUGGACAUUCUGUAAAACAGUGAUUGGUUUUCUUUACACAUUAUUUUAAAUACAAUGGUAUCCUUUAAGGUGUUCAUGGCAUUGCAGGGGAAUCCUGCACUUACACCUUUUAAUAAGUGGGAUUUUUUCUUAUGCACAAGCUGACUUCUAGAGAUAAGUGCAAUAUGUGUUCACAGCAGGACAUUAGGAUGUUAGUAUGAUAUAGUGGAAUAUAGCAAUCUUGAACAAUCUGAAGAUUUAAUUUGUUAGUAGCUUGUAAGUCAGUGAUCAUUUAUUGUAGAGAAUAUAGGUAUUCUGUGUUUAAGGGAUCGGUAUGCCUUAAAAUAUAUUUUUAACAUUUUAGUGUCAACACUGUCCAGAUAUGGUGAAAAUUAGCAACACUGUCCAAAUUUAGUCAAAACUGGCAAUAUUUCCCCCUCUCCAUAUUAUUUUUGAAAAAUGUCUAGUUGAUUAUUUCCUUGAAACUUAGCACAAGGUUUCUGAUAUUGAUGGUUUAAUGCAAUAAUUCAAAGUUCUUCUGUUUACCUGACAAUUAGAUUUCACUGGAAGUACUUCACAAUUAGUGACUGAUGUCUGUUUGCGCCUUGUUGCUACACUUGUGUGCAUGUUUGAUAUUUUUUUGACCUAAUGAAAAUAGAAAAUUCUGUACAAAAAUAUAUGACAAUGUGAAUAGACUUCUAGAGCCUGCAGGAGCCUCCUGUGGGUGAUUUAAAGUUGAUUUUACAGAACAGGAUAUAAACAUUUCUGGCUUAUCUUGUUUGUUCGUUCAUUUAUGGUUAGUACUCCUCAGAGGCUCCAAAAUAUUAACAUGCCAUAUGGAAUUACAGAAUACAAAAAUAGCAUAAAACCCUUUUUAUUUCAUACACUAUAAAAAUGAAUUAGAAGGGCUUACAAAAUCCGUUGGUGGGACCUUUUUGGUUUUAAACCCACUUAACAUUCCUCAGAACCAAGCUCUGCAGCUUAAACACUUUGCUGUCUUCAGUAUGUGACAUUCCAUGUCACCGUGCGGAUGCUUAGUUUCGACUUUGUAAUUCGCCAGAGUCACUUGCAAGAUUCGUUUUUACCGCUCUGAAAUGGCUGGACCUCCCAUAUCAAGGCAUACCGGAGCAGUAAAAAAAGUAUCUUGCAGUGAAACCUGAGCAUGAAAAUGCGAAUCAAGAAGGUUGGGAAGAGCCCUGGUUCACAUCAAACUUUUAGGAAUACAUUAAACUUUAAUACAAUGCUAAGCUACUGUAAACAUACACAGUGCUUGGAAAUGUAAGCAUGACUAAGCCUGAAACAUCACUUGCUUCCUGUGUUUAUAUGGUAGAAUGAGGGAUACACAUUAUCUAACAGUUGAGCAUAGAGUUUUAUAUUCUUGCACCUAUCAGACCCCAAGGUACGAGAGGUAAAAGGUUCAGGCACCAGCAUUAUUGAAGAAACCAAAAAUACCUGUGUCCCAUGUGGAGAACUGCUGGUUUCUGUACAAAAUAGUAGUGCAUCAAUGCCCAAUACAAGGGAUAAUGUUUUUUCUAACCUCUUAAAGAAAUGUGUUUUCAGUUUUAAAGGUCAGAUGAAAUUUGACAGCCAAUCCAUUUAAUUCAGCUUCCUUAUCAGGACAGCUUUAUAUUCCUCUCAAGUAUUUUUCGGUGUCUCUCGUAUGUUACCUUUUUUCCAAUAAUUAUCAGUACGUGCAAGGAACACAUUCCCUGAUUGAUCUCCUGGGAAAAGGGAACGGAAAAGAUUAGCGAAGAGCAUGCAUUUGUCUCACUUGGUUUGAGGAAACAAAGUAGCAUUUAAGCAUUGUGACAUUAUCAUUCCAUACUAAUUGUAUAGCCGAGACAGCAUACUCCAUUACAACCUGUGCUCUCUUCAUUAAGGCAUCUGCUCCCAACACACUAUCUUGUGCUAGAUUUGGAAAAUAAUAUUUUGCCCGGUGUGACUUUUAGUAACCCAUUCAUUGCGAAAAGGGCAAUGGCUUGUGAUACUUUUCUGCCGUGUCUGACACUCACAGUCCUUCUAAACUCUCAAAUUACUUGGAUGGAUUUACAGUAAUCACUGGACCACAGGCUUAAAGCGGCACUGUGUGUUUUUUCUAUUCUUCUUCUUUUUUGUUUGUUUUUCUUUCAGUUUUCUGUUGCUUAUACCCACUGUAUCAUAAUGAUUAUACUCCCCCAUUACCAUUUGUCUAUAUUUAUAUUUAUUGUCUUGUCUCUUUCUUGUCGGAUCUCAAAAUCUGGGCCUCCAUUUUGUUGUCGCCUGUCCAUGAUAUCUGCAGUUUGUCUUCUGUGGGAUUUUUUAACUGAUGGAUUGUGGGUAAAUCAACAUUAACUAAUUAAAUGGAACUUUGCUUAAGCUUCCCUCAUUGCCAAAUAUUGGCAAAUAUCAUGCUCCACAGAAGAAAAAGUAAUCUCUUUGUUUAUAGCUAAAAACAAAGGUGAAGUUAAAAAAAUAAAGAGAGAGAAAAAUAAAGGAAUAAAAAAGGAUUAUCUUAAAACCAAAACCAGUGAAGUGACAGAGCCCUAUUACAGCUAGCCAAACCCAUUUCCUUAUAGUAAUAAUUGGCUUUUAUGUUGAAUAAUGUUUGUAUUUUGUUUUGUUUUUGCUUAUCUGAAUGCUUUCUAUAUUUAUCAAUCUGUCUGCAUUGGGUAAUUCCAAAAAAUACACACAUUUAUUUAAUACUUGCCUGGUAUUCUUUCGUGUAUACAUAAGGCUAGUGUGUGACUUACAACUCCUAGCAUCCCUAGCAAAUGGAUGGAGUAUGCUGUUAACCUGCCCUUUUUGUCCCCUUAUUGGCAAUGGGUGGCCUGUAAUGUAGAUCUUCUCCUGCACUGUCCUCGGUCACUAUGUAGUUAACAGCUUUUCAGCAGCUGUUAUGCUAAUGCAGUGACAUUUUUCAUGUAAAUUUCUACGACAUGCAUUCACUUGAACGUCUUGAAGUGGAGAUUUGUCUUCUCAUAAUGAGUGAAAAUUGAAAUUUAUAUUCUGGUCUGCAGAUCCCCUUAGUGUCUCUCUUUUUUUUUUUGUUUAAUUAUUUUUCCUUUAAUACAAUUUCUCAUAGCGUAAGGUGGCAGUUACCCAUUUACGCGACCUCACAGUAUUGAAAUUAAUUCCCUAUUCCGCAGUGUAAUGUAAUAGACAUAUACAGAUUUUAAUGUGAACUUUUCAACACGUAUCACUUUUUUUUUUCUUCUCUCUAGUAGAUAACUAUCUGCUAAGAAUAUAAUGAUUCUUUAGCAACUGCAAAUCCAAAAGUUCUUUGGAUAGUAAAUUAGGGAUUUGGGAUUUAAAGAAGAUUAUUGGUGACCUGAAUCACAUAACCUAACUAUCUUGUAUCAAUUGCAGAGCUAACGCGAGCAUUAAAAAUAGUUUUACUUUUGCUAUAAAUUCAGCACAUCAGCAAUAGCUAACAUAAGGCAAGUUUCAUUUGCAUAUAAUGUUUGUAACUUUUUUCACCUUUGUUAAAAUUAAACUCAGUUCAUUAAUCCUUGCUGAUUGGUAGACCGAGUUGACCCUUCCAGGAAUAGAUCCUUUGAUGCUGAAGUUUGAAAAGACUCCAGAAAAGGGUUAUAGAUUUAGUUCACUCCAUUGCUUAUACAAAUUUUACUGUGUAAAUGAAAGUACAGCUAGUUGUAAAAGCUACAGAUAUUCCUAAUAAAUUAUAUGUAUUCACAAUGUUAAAAUUCACCACCAAAAUGGUAAGUUUGUGGCAAUGUAAGCCAAGCCAUUGCAGUUGAUAAAGUGGGAGUUGGCGGGUUACUUGGCAUUUAAUUAUUUUGUGUCUUUUUUAUGUUUAGUGUAUUCCUUGAUGAUUUCCUGGCAACUGGAAAAGUUGGGGAUCAGGCCCCACAACUUGAAUUUGAGCAGUUACCUUUCAAUCAUCCCCUGUUCAUUAUGUAUUCUUCAGGCACAACUGGAGCACCAAAAUGCAUGGUGCAUUCUGCAGGGGUGAGUAUUAUACAGGAGUACCUUUUUUUUCAUGUUUAUUUUCACACCGCAGAUUAUAGUUACUUCUUCUUUCUGUUGGGAUAUGUUGACUAAAAACACAGUUCAAGAUAGACUUCAGUUUGAAAAUAGGAUUGCAUUGGGGAAGAAACAACUUGUGUUUUAUAAGUGAAUAUUUGCCUCUGAAGCAUCCAUUUAUUUGAAUUUAUUUUUUUUCACAACAUGGUAGUUGCAUUUUUGUAUUUGUGGAGAAAGGAGAAAAUGGACAAUGUCUUUACUGUGUGUUCUUCAAAUCAUCGGCCAAGCUGGAUCUUUCUGGGAAGAGAUGAGGAUAAUUUAAAUGAGCUAGAUUUACAAUUCAAUUACUUGUGGCUUCGAAUAUGGCGGUAAACUGAUCUAGAACAUGAAGUAGCAGUCACUCCAUCUUCAGCCAGAUUUACUAGACUAGCAUUGCUACUUCUUGACCCAUAUGAGGUGGAGAGGAAAAGAAUCCUGGCACACUGACCAAACUAUGUUCCCUGUUUUACCUCUUACCUUAAAGGAACACUCAGAGCACCAUAACCACUACAGCAUAUCAGCUGAUGCACUUAGCCAAUAAGCUUAGCCCUGCGGGAGAGCUAAUGGAAGAUCAUAAACACCCAGAAUUGUUAGUGGAGGCAGGGUUUGGCAUCCAGCAAACCCCAAGCAAGAAGUCAAACCAUUCAAAAAUGGCUUGACUCCGAACAAUGCAGUGGGGGCACCGUUACCACUUAAAGGGACACUCCAAUCUCUUAAAGAAUGCCUCAGGAGUUAACUGCAUUUCCCCUCUGGCUUGUUUUUAUAAAAGUGACGAUUUUAAGAGAAACCAGCACUUUUAGAAGUCCCCUCACAGCUCGGAGGGUUUCCUGUCUCACUUGUCUUGAACUUCAGUUUGUGUGCUUGUCUCUGGUGAGUGGGUUAAUGGAUUUUUUUUUGCUUUUACAGCUCUCCAAAUACAUUGAUGUUUAAAUUAUUUAUUUAUUUUAUUUUGCUGUUGUACACAAUAAACUCUCCUGGAGUUCAUUUGUCUUUACUCUACAGAUAUUAUAAUUAAGCUACACACGGUUAGCUUAGGGCCCUUACUCCUCCAGUGAGACGUCAGCAGAGCAGUCGAGGUGCGAAUGGAACACAAGUUUGUCUGCUGACUGCAUUGUGAAGUCUCACUUACUAAGCUGCUGUAGCCUCAGCAUUUGUCAGAGACAAACGCAGUAUGUGUGAGACACCACAGAGGUGUCAGCUUAACCCUCUCAUUGCUAAGGUGCAUGAGCAAAUUUCAAUGCCAGACUUAAAUAAGAUUAAAAAAAAAAUACUCCCUGUUCCUGUUUUGAAAAUUAAUGUUAAUCUUUCCUGUGGUAUUGAAGGACAACCUAAUGCUUCCAUCUUCCCCAAAUACAUAUCUGGUUACUCUUCACACAACUGCCAUUUGUGUCCUUUCAGCAAAGAGUUAAAACUACAACUCUCAUAAAACAACAAAAAAUAAGCUAAGCAAUGCUUUGCCACUAACUAGCUGUUUAAAAACCAAAAUACAAGAAAUAUGCAUAGAUGCAAGGAAUGGUGGUACUUGUGAUGUCCCCUAGAGGUUAUAAAUAAACAUGAAAGAUGAAGAUGAUCUAAUUUAUAUACGGCAACUCGGUUAUAUUCAUUGUUCCGUGUGCAAAGUGGUAAAAUUAGAUUUGAAUACGUUUUCAUUUGCAGAUUGAGAGUGAUUAGAAUUCUGAACACUAUUAAUUUGUAAAGAAAGCAGCAGUGAAGAAUAAUUUUAUGCAAACCUGUGUCUUUAUGUUUCUAAAAACCCAUCUGCUCUGUUUAAAGGGACAGGUGAGGCUCCUAACAAACUAAGGCAGACUUGACAAACUUGCUUUGAAUAUAGGAGUCAGCUAAAAAGUUAGGAGCCAGUUUUAAAUGCAAAUAUUAAAUGGACACUAUAGUCACCAGAACAACUACAGUUUAAGGUAGUGAUUCUGGUGUGUAUAGCAUGUCCCUGCAGGCUGAGCGAUGAAAAUGCUACUGUUUCAGAAAUAAGGCAGUGUUUACAUUGCUGCCUAGUAUCACCUCUAGUGGCAGUCACACAGACAGCCACAGAACUGUUUAUCUCAGUGCUGCACAGUGUGCACGACCUACAUUCAGCAUUUCCAUGGUCCAGUCACAGAUUUUUCUAUGUCUGUAGGAUCAGAUUGCUAUGGUCUCAUAGUUGCUUUUUAUUGUUCCUUAACAAGUUAAAUGAAGCUUUCAUUUUUUUUUUUUUUUUGUAGAUGCAGAACUGCCAUUUCAUGUUAGUUUACCUUAAUUAUAGGUGGGAGGGUAUAAUGUCCCUUUGAUGUAGCAUUGUAAAUACAUAUAUGUGUGUACUAUAUGAUUACUGUAAUCACAGCUUGCAGUUAAUGAGUGGUUUUUGUUUUUUCUUUCAAUUUUUUUUCAGGGAAGCAUGAUACAGCAUUUAAAGGAACACAUUCUGCACGGUGAUACUACCAGCAAUGAUAUUAUUAUGUACUACACCACGGUAAUUCGCUGGCUUGGGAGUAUGGUCCUUGUUAUUUUCCUCUCUGCUAGCUUUAGUUGUGUAUUCAUACUCUUGACCUUUUCAUUGAUACAUAAGCAUAUUUAUUUUUUUAUGGGAUAAAAUAUAUUUAAAAAAAAUCUGAAACUUAACAAGUAUAUAAAGGAAAAAAACCUUGACUCAAUUUACAUCAACCUUGUGACAUUUUUAAUCCUCAUAUAGACUUGUUAUCCUUCAUCACAUUACAAUGUUGCAGCAGCUACGUCUGCUCAACUGAAUUCUAUGAUCUGUUGAGGAACACUAUAGUGUUAGGAAUACAAAGAGUGUCCCUCUGAUUCCCCCUACCCAGGCAGCAGUUAAAAGGUUAAAAAAGUUUGCCCACUUAUGCGCUGACUCUUAGGCCUUCCCCGUAGGAACGCGUUGAAUCAACGCUCUAUGAUGCUGCAGGGAAUCCAUUAGUUGUUGUUUUUGCUCGUGACAUAACUCAAUUUUUACUCUUCAAUAGCUCACUAUUCGGUUUAUAGAAUCCCUGUGUCUAUCAUGUACAUUUAUUUGUCAAUACAAAGCAUACAAUGUUACUAAAAGUCACAUGACAGAAGGUCUAAAUGGUUAAAUGUGGACGCAUUGCAAUGCUGUCAUUGAAAUAAGGCACAUUUGUUAAUUUAGCAUUUUAUGACUGUAAUAAUGUUUUAUAAACAGCUUUUGCUAAUGUCUGCCAAAAUUCUAAUUCAUUUAUCUCCAACAGGCUGGAUGGAUGAUGUGGAACUGGCUGAUUACUGCAGUAGCUACUGGAGCUUCUCUGGUUCUUUAUGAUGGGUCUCCCCUUGUCCCAAGCCCAAAUGUGCUUUGGGAUCUGGUAGAUCGCCUGGGGUAAGUCUAAUUACGGACCAACAUUUCCUGCUGUUUACCAUACCCAGUUGCAUAUAUUAAGUAGGUCUAGAAACACAUUGUACAUUCCCAAAUUGUAACCAGUAGUGAUGACGUCUUAUUUAACAUUAAUUCACUGAGAGCCUAGAGGAUUUACAAACUGUUUAGCUUUUUAUGACAUUUAUACUGACUAUCUGUGAAAAUGAAAACUACAUUUGUGGUAGCUUUUCUUCCCAAUCAUAGACUUCAGUGAAUGCUUAUUAAUCUGCAUUUAUAGAAGAGUGGAGUGUUCUACUCUGGGAGCCCUUCAUUACUAUAAAUGAGUCAUUGGUGCUUUUACUCUACUGACUUGUGUCAUAGAACCCAGUUGACAUUUAACUGAGAGUUCCUUUGGGGAAAGGUUACAUCCCUACCGAGACAGUGGUUUCCUGCAGCAGGCUAAUCAUUUGUUGGAAAUUUGUAUAAUAGCCCAUUUUCACAUUAUGCAAUUUGCAACAUUUACUCAGAUUAAAUGGAAUUGAAGAAAACUUUUUUUUCCUUAAAGCAGCAUGCAAUGUUGCUUGUUGAAGUUUUUUUUUAAACAGGGAUUAUAUGCAGUUUCAGUAAACACACUUUUCGGUAAGUUAUGGGGGGGAAUAAAAGUGACAUCAAUAUGGUAAUAAAUUGAUAGGUUAUCCAAAAACAAACAAGCUGGUGAAAUAUAAAUUCCCAAAUCAAACCUGCAAUUGCACAUUUAUAAAUACCUUUAUUUCUCUGUCAAAACAUUUAGCUGAGACACCCCAGGAUAAGUAACACAGACAGUUAAUGUUAAUGCGUUGUGUGUCUUAGAACCACUUUGUCAUACAAUAAUAGGGUACACUCCUUACUCCUGGAUCUCAUAUACUGAUAGUUGUAUGAUAGUGCUACAACCCUGUAUGAAGUGCACAUGAUACCAGCAAAGGAUUAAGGAACAUUUCAACAGAGCAGUAUCUUUAUCAAGCUUUAUAAAGACAAUGCUGUCUCAAAACAAUGCCUAUUGAAUCAAUGCAUCUCUAUGAGGAAAAUUCUAUGUCUCCAUGCAGAGGGUGGAGAAACUGAAAGGCAGUGCUGCACAGUGUGCAGCACUGCCACAGGAAGCAUAUGAGGAGUGGCCAGUGGAGUAAUCACUAGGCUGUAAUGUAAACACUGUAUUUUCUCUGAAAAAAACUGUGUUUAUUUAAAAAAGCCUGGAGGGAAUGAUUCUACUUACCAGAGCAAAUACAAUAAGCUGUUGUUCUGUAGUGUUCCUUUAACUACAGCUUGUUGUAUCAAUCUCUGAUAAGUGCUUGUUGUCAUUGGCUUGGUGCAAUACAGACUCCAGGCACCAUGACCACAUCAAAUCACUGAAGUGAUCAUGGUGCUUGGAGUUACCUUUAAAUCAUUGUUAAAUCAUUGUCAGGUCCUCUGUUGGUCCCUUAUUAUGCACCUUAUGCAGUGUAACAGAAUAUGAUUAGGCAGAAUGUUGAAUUUGACCAAUUUUGAUAGGUUGCCAUGUCGGCUUUUUGAAUUCAGCAGGUUGAAAUUCAAUUUUUCUUUCAAAAACCUACCCCAAGUUAAUUGUGUUUAAAAAAAAAAAAAAAAAAAAAUUUGCCUGGUUGUUUUAUGGUGCUAAGAAUUGUGUAACUAUUUAUAUACUUUUUUUAGGUUUUGCCCAACUUUGACUGCAGCACUGUAUCUCUCUUUACAAUAUUUGUAACAAUAUUUAUUAUAGAUGCUGCUAACAUUUAAAAAUUGGCCUUUUUUGUAAUUAGAAAAUUAAACACAUCAUUAACUAUGACACCAGUGUUAUUCAUAAUUUAAUAUAAUUUAAUUUAAUUUUUAUUUAAUAUAAUUUACAAGUUUUAUUUACUAUUCAUUAUCAUAUAGCCUACCUGACAUUCUAUUCCAACAUUUAUUUCACACAGUAAAUAACUACAUGCAAUAAAAUGCUCACAGAAAGCUCAUUUUCACUCCCUAUCCCAUGUUUAUAGAAUUAAUAGAAGGGAACAGGCAAAUUGAUAUGUCUUAUGUUAUCCAAGAUGGCAAAGUUGAAUAUAGGGCUGGCCAAACAGUCCCUGUGUGUCGUGGCAGAUACAUUUCAUCUAACUCUUUUUAAAGACUCUAAGUGUGUUCUCCAGUUAAAUGAACAUGUUCUAAAGAGAGGUUAACAUCUCUGUAAAAUGCCCCACUGUUCCAGCCUGAUAUGAGAGCCCCAGCUACUGUGUAAUAAAGUGCCCAGCUUGUUAUCUGGCCCCUGGCUGUUUGGGAGGUGUAGUUGUCAGCAGCUGUAUUUUUGGAGGUUAUCGAAUGCCCAUUUUGCGAUGCUUUAAGCACACCCUCCAAUAACGGAUGCUGUUUUUAUCCCUUUUCAUAUCAUAGAGGUAUGUUCGUGUUUUCCUUUGUGUCUGCCCCUUGUGCUUUUGUUCAUUUAUAUGAAAUUUCAGUUUUCAGCCCAAAACCAUAUUUCUUCAUUCUCACUAUUUUUCUGCUCACCAGAAGCUUGUAAGCAAAUCACCAUAAGUCACAGAAAAGCCGUCUGCUUGUCUGCUAGAUAAAUAGACUCAUCCCGAAUGCCUAUUAGACAGCAAGAAAAUGAAGCCUCUGAGAUUUCAAGCCAUAGAAUCCGCUAAUGUAGAUAAAUCUGGGCACUGCUAUUAUUUAUUACUGCAGAUGGAACUUAAACAAUUGAAGCCAUACAUUCUGUUAUGACUCACUCCCGAGCAUUGAUCGUUCUCAUGUGUAUAACAGGGUGAAUUUUCACUUGUUUAUUAAAAGAUGUCAUAAGCAUAUGCUGAUGUGUAUCACUCAUGCUAUUUUUCCUGGAGCAAUGGGUGUUUACAGUCAUUUUCUGUGUUUUGAGCAAGUAAUCAGAGUUCUCACUUCCUCCAUUGCUUUUAACUCUGGCAGUGGCAGAAUGGUGAGCAAUGUGUUUCAGCCUUCUGGCACUCGAGGGGUUAAUUAAGAAAUUGUCUGUAAUUGAUUAAUUGUAAAAAUAGGCAAGUGUGUUAUUAGUUAUGCAGAGGUAGAUUAAAGCUUUUUUUUUUAAAUUGUUUUACAUUUAUUUCUUUAAAGUGGACUAUUGUAUUAGCAAGCCUUCAUAGGAUGCAGUUGAAAUGUACCAGUAAUCACCACAUUAUUAUUAUUUUUAUUUUUCCCAGAAUAACCAUUUUAGGAACAGGUGCAAAAUGGCUGACAGUGCUAGAAGAGAAAAAACUCAAGCCACGUAAGGAUAUGCUAAUGUUUCUCUGUAUUUUGUCUGUUACAGGUUAUAGUAUUAACAAAUAGGGAAUAUCCAUAGGCAUUCUUUCCAGAGAUAAAUUAAUACAUUAAAUCUGUUCAGAAGAACCACUGCUAAUGUGUCUGCUCAAUAAAAAGGCAUACCAAUAUACAGUGAGGAAUUUAUCAAACCUGGAAUCGUGGCAAUUCCCAAUCAUGUCUAUACAUUGGGCACUCUUAUGUUUUCAGUUAAAUAAUAAUAGAACUAUUAUAUAAUAGUACAAUGUAUUCAUACUUGCUAUAUUUUUCAUGUUAUUGUCCAUGGCAGCCUAUAUAUUUGGGUUUGCUGCUCCCACUCACAGCAGAUAGGAAAGAAAAAAAAUAACAGAAUUCAGUAAAAAGUCUUCCUUGUCAUGUGACCCUCAAUCUAUUUUCCAAAGCUCACAACAGUAAAUCUUACAAUAAUUUGGCUUCCCCACUGUGAAUAAAAAUAUGCUGGUAUAACACUUGCAAAAUGUUUGUGUGCAUUGUGCUGUCCUUCAUAAAGAAUAAACUACAUUUUUUUUAAAAAGUCACAUGAUCACAUUGACACAUCUGGAAACACAUUACUGUUUGUCUCAGUUCACCAAUAGGCUCAGUACUUAAGAGCAUCACUAGCCAGUUCAGCAUGUACCACUUGACCUUAAAUGAACUCUCCAAGCACCGUAACUGCUAUAGCGUGCCGUAUUGGUUAUGUUUCUAAUGAUUACGGUGCCCUCCCAUUAUAAGCAAUCAGACCAUUAUAGAAGGGUUUGAUUUUUAUUUAUUUUUACUUAUUCCGUUCCCCACCUCCACUACAUCUGACAGAAAAACAGAAACUCUGUCUGAGCUAAGCCUGCUAGUGCAGUGCUGAGCUCACCUUCUGAGAACGAUCCCCUAAUACUCUUUACCAAUGAGCUAGCCGUGUAACUCAUGGCUUAACUCAGUAGAGCUAAUGGAAGUUCCUAUGCAGAGUUUCUGGUUCUCUGUCAAAUAUCGUGAACACAGACAAAAACCCCCAAGGGACUCCAUUCUAAAAUGGUUUGACUGCUUAGAGUGGAGGCAACUCCUGGCACCAUAACUACUCAUGCGCACUGUAGUGGGUUAUGAUGCUUUGCAUGUUCCUUUUAAUGUGUAUUUUUAGCCAAUGGUACCUAGUGAUAUAUUUUUUUAAUUAAUUUAUUUGUGGUUAUUUUUGUUUCGUUUAAAACUGCAUCAACUUAUUACAGAAAAUACUCAGACACAACUUCAACUUGGGUUUAAUAGUGCAGUGCAUGCUCAAUGCAAAAAUGUGAUAAUGUAAUUUACUUUGUUUGUUUGUCGACAGGUGAAACAAACAGUCUACAGACAUUGCACACAAUACUCUCAACAGGAUCACCACUGAAGCCCCAAAGUUAUGAUUAUGUUUAUGAACACAUAAAAAGCAAUAUUCUUCUGGGGUCCAUCUCAGGUAAGGGCACCUUAACAUUAAUUAUAAUUGCAGUCAGGCCAUCUCAUGGCCAUUUCUUAGUGUCUAGUAAUUUUAUUCACCUUGGCUGUGCUUGCUUGUUUGGUAGUUAUGUGAUUUACCUCUUGAUACAUUUAGCUUCUCAUAUAUUUCUGUGCAGCAAUGCACUCAUUUGCUAUGACAGAUAUAGGUUCAAAAUUGAGGGUUGAUUAGCCAGUUGCAGUGUCAAGUGGCUUCGACUGCAGAACCCAUACUUAAAGGACCACUAUAGUGCCAGGAAAACAUACUCGUUUUCCUGGCACUAUAGUGCCCUGAGGGUGCCCCCACCCUCAGGGACCCCCUCCCGCCGGGCUCUGGAGAGAGGAAAGGGUUAAACACUUACCUUUCUCCAGUGCCGGGCGGGGAGCUGUACUCCUACUCUCCUCCUUGCUCGCGACGUCAUUAGCUGAAUGCGCAUGCGCGGCAGGAGCCGCGCGCGCAUUCAGCCGGUCGCAUAGGAAAGCAUUUACAAUGCUUUCCUAUGGACGCUUGCGUGCUCUCACUGUGAUUUUCACAGUGAGAAGCACGCAAGCGCCUCUAGCGGCUGUCAGUGAGACAGCCACUAGAGGCUCUGGAGGCUGGAUUAACCCUCAGUAUAAACAUAGCAGUUUCUCUGAAACUGCUAUGUUUAUAAAAAAAAAUGGUUAAUCCUAGAGGUAAAGCUGAAGUGGUCUGGGUGCCUAGAGUGGUCCUUUAAGAAUGAGUUUGGGGACAUGCUCAAUGACCCUUGUAUUAAUAGCUAACAGGUGUCAGUUUAUGAUAAUGUUUUAAAACAAAGUUCUGCUGGAACACAACAGUAUUCCAGUUCAUACAUCCCUUUCCGGUACAAGUAAUUUUAUCACAAAAGGUACACAGUAAGAGACCUGCUUAAAAUUCAUAAUUACUCUUCCCACAGUAGAGUAGGAAUUAUUCACAAUGAUUGAUGUUUAAACUAAUUUAAUGCUUCACCUGAUUUCUGUCUUUAUCCUGGAGACACUUAGACAAUUGCCAAGACAGGUACUGACACAUGUACAGGCAGAAUAUAAUAUAAACUGUAGGCGGUGAUAUAUUUACAUACAGAAAUAUCUGCUCAAAGCUCACCCCCGUGUAGCUUCCUACUCAUUAUGCUUUGCUUCAUCACUAAUUAUAUCAAUAUGGUCAAAUCCAUAACUGCAUCUACUGAGUCCUGGCCAACUGCUAGUAAGGAUAAUUAUACUUCAUACCUUUUACUUGCUGGGGUAAAAAAAAUGAAAAUGAAAAUGCAAUUUGUAUUUGUAUGUUUUAUUGUUAUUACUAUGAGCAAAAUGUAUUCUGCAGGGCAUUACAAUUCUAGAGUGGGGAUAUUUAACAACAAGUAUUUGAUACAAAGUUAGCUUGACAGAGUCUACACGUUAACAUUUUGGAAAUUGUCUAUUUUCCCAACUUGCGACCAUGUUACCUACUAUCCAGAGUCUAUUUUCCUAUUCCCUACAUCACUCUCUCUCCUUCAUUGUUGAUCGUUUCUCUUUCUGCCCUACACCUAUACCUUCCCUUCUCACAGAUUGCCUGACAAUAAUUUUAGCAUUUUGAGGAUAAUGGGGUUGGAUAUAUGCGUUGGAGACACCAUUUAAGUCUGUCACCUCCAGAUGUGGUUUGGACAACUAGUAACUAUGGUUUAGCCUUUGGAUUAUUCCAUGGGGACUCUUUUGGAGGGUUAGGGGGAAGCUGGAAAACAUUAUUACAGGUCUCCAUCUUAAAGGGACACUCUCUAAGCACCAAACAAACUUGGCUUUAAUGAGCAGUAUUGGUGUAUAGAUCAUGCCCCCGCAGUCUCAUUGCUUGCUCAGUUCUCUGCCAUUUAGGAGUUAAAUCACUUUCUUUAUACAGCCCUAGCUACACCUUUUGUGGCUGCAACUCACAUAGCCUUCGUACACUUUCCUAAAAUAGAGCUUAUAUUUGUUGAACUUCACUUAAUUCUCUAAGAAAUUAUGACUCUUUCAUUACUCUGAUGUUCUCAUCUCCUGAUAACCAUUUGGAAAAUCUUUUUUUUCUUUCUUCUUGUUUCAGGGGGCACUGACAUCAUAUCUUGCUUCAUGGGCCAAAAUGUAUCCAUUCCAGUUUACAGAGGAGAAAUUCAAGCAAGGAACCUUUCAAUGGCUAUAGAAGCCUGGAGUGAAGACGGUAAACUUUCUACAACUGUGUUUAUUAGCCUAUGCUUAAUACCAUAUUAUGCUUUAUGCAUUCUAAGUUACAUUCUCCCUUAGUGAACUUGCUUCUGGUUAUUCCAGUUAUUCUAUUUUAUUUCUUAUAAAGGAUCACUGAUUUGCAUAAUUUAUUAUUUAAAUAUUCAUUUAAGAGUUGGUUAUAUCCCGUGUUUACCAUUAUCACUAUACUAUUUCGUAAUGUGAGAUUUGACACUGUUAUACUUUACAUCUGUGACGCAGGUAAUAAAAAAAAAAAAAGAAAAGCUUCCUGUUUCUGAGCAACACUUCAUCGUCUUGUUAGUUCAUUUGCUUUGCAUAAUAUGGUAUAUUCGGUCUCAGUGCCUUACAGAACAACUGGUAAUCUAAGGGUUGUGCUUGCUAUGGGUGGAGCACCUUGUGUUCCAUUGUCAAAGUGUUAUUUCCACAAAUGGUAUGACUACACUUAAUUAAAUGGACCAUAGCAACCAAAUUUCUUCAGAAAGUGCAAACUGUGAAGUUACGAGCCUCAUCACAAAUGUGCAUAGCAUACAAACACAUCAGAAUACGUAAAAUGUUCCUGUGUAAUCAAUUAUAGACUAUAGAAGAUGUAUCUACAUAGAACAAUAUGGCAUGCUUAAAGGGAUACUUUAGGCAUCAAAACAGCUUUAGCAUAAUGAAGUAUUUGGGUGCUUAGAUCAUGCUUCUGCAAUCUCACUGCUUAAUUCUCUGCCAUUUAGUAGUGUAAUCACUUUUGCUUCUGUGCAUGCAGACCUAGCCACACCUGCCCUGGCUGUGACUCACACAGCAUGUAUAAAAAAAUUAUUUCAUUUUCAAUUCGAUGUUAACUUGCUUUAAAAGUUUUUAUUGUCUUCUCUGUAAAUUGAGCUUUAAUCACAUACAGGAGGCUCCUGCAUGGUCUAAAAGACUAUUAACAGAGGAGAAGAUAAGAAAUUCUAACUUAAACAGAAUAUGCAAUAAAUGAAGUUUAAAGAGACCUUCCAGACCCCUAAAGCACUUUAAUUUGCUGAAAAUCUUUAUGUGUGAAAAGUGCAGAUAUCAAUAGAAAUUGACACUUUUUUUAUAAAUUAUACAGCUUACACCCCCUGGCUUUUAAAGCAGACAACUUGUCAUGUUACUUGCUGGCUUGAUUAACUUAAUUGCACUGAAUUCAUGAGGCAGCAAUUGCCCAGAUCACCUACCUUGCAAAAACUUUUCAUUGAGCUGCAUUGGACAGCCACAUAAAGUGGGUGUGGGCAUGGUGGGCAUAGUAAGAAGAGGAGGGCUUUCCAAGCCAGCAGACAAGAGAUCUGCAGUUUUAGCAAACUGUUUUUAGAUAUGACUGCAAUGAAAAAUGCAUAAUUAAAUGCAUGCAAGCUUUUAUUUGGGAUAUAACUACUAACCAGUGAUUUUCAUUUAUUAUGUAUUUGGGCAGUUAAACAUUAGUCUCUUUACAGGAAGUGUAUAAGAGUGCUGUGCAAGUCAAAUGCAUGGUGUGUGACUAUGGCUGCAUUAACAAAACAAUUUAAUUAAUACAUUCUGCAAAAAGUGCACACUAUACACUAAUAUUACCUACCCUAUUAGUAUUUAUUUCAAUUGCUAUGCAUUCCUUUAAUAUUUUUUUUUCAUAUCCUGCAGGAAAAGCAGUGUGGGGAGAAAGUGGAGAGUUGGUGUGUUUAAAGCCCCUACCUUGCCAGCCUACACACUUCUGGAAUGAUGAAAAUGGCUGCAAAUACCAGAAAGCUUACUUUUCUAAAUUCCCAGGUACAUAUUCAGUAAGACUAACUUUAAUUUUCAUCUACCAACCUCUCACCCCCAAAUGUGAAUAAUGUUAUUGUUCAAUUUUUUAGAAUAAAAAGUGAACUAUCAGUAUCUUAAAUUCUCUUGUGGCAAUUUAAGUGUUUCAUAAAAUAAUAAGUUUACGGUGGCCAGUCUUAGCACCUGUUUGUGAUUUACAAAUGUAGAUAACAAUGGCUGGAUGAGCUUGCAUUUUAAAGAAAGUGGGCUCAUAGUUGCCCAAAAGAGAAAGUAUAGUCCCACACAAAAAAGAAAACGCAGUACGCUGAGCGGCCCAGCCAUUCUGGUGUAUGCAGGAGGAAGGCUGUAGAUAAAAUAUUUACUUUGGAGAAGGGGUAUUACGAGCACAUGCAAUAGACAACUCGGACAAGUGAAAGCAGCGUGUUUCCACCGAUGUUAUUCUGGAGAUUGCAUAGCUCCCCAAUCAGCUUUCCAAAUGCUUGUAUGCGGUAAGCACACACUGUUUGUUAUUGUCUCAUUGAACCUGCUAAAUUUGCAGGAGCGUUCUGUGAGUGCAUGCACACGGACAUACAAUGGUCGCUGCCCCACUCAAGCAAUGUGUGUGUGUUCUGAGUAACCGUAACUAACCGGUCAGAUGUCAGGCUAGUUGCCCAUUACACUGUGUACUAGGCCUGGAAUCACACACACAUUUACAAAUUCUGCAAGUGAAGACAGUGCAUGUUCUUUCUAUAAUUUGGUGUUCCGUCUCACCUUCAAGCUAGCAGGAUGUGACAAUGAGCGUAUUUUUAAGUGAGCAACUAAUGAGAAAUACACAACUUUGGGAAUAUGCAUUUUAUCUCUGACUCAUAGUUUUCAUUUUACUCUAUUAUUUUAGGUAUCUGGGCCCAUGGAGAUUACUGCAAGAUAAAUCCCAAAACAGGGGGUAUUGUCAUGCUGGGACGCAGGUAUGUGUUUGGUGCAUCUCUCUAGAUAAUGUAUUUUGCCUAAAAGUGUAUUUAAAACAAGAAUGGUUGUACUCCUACUUAACAUAACAUACUGUGUUAAAUAGAUAAUGCAUUAAAAAAUGUGACAAAAUAAAACAAUGCUUAAAUUUGACGUUCCUGGAUUCCAGGCUGUAGAACAUCUGCAUUGAGUCCUCACCAAACCAAGAAGUGAAAAUUACACUAUACACCAGAGUCUUUAAAGGGACACUAUAGUCACCUGAACAACUUUAGCUCAAUGAAGCAGUUUUGGUGUAUAGAACAUGCCCCUGCAGCCUCACUGCUCAAUCCUCUGCCAUUUAGGAGUUAAAUCCAUUUGUUUAUGAACCCUAGUCACACCUCCCUGCAUGUGACUUUCACAGCCUUCCAUAAACACUUCCUGUAAAGAGAGCCCUAUUUAGGCUUUCUUUAUUGCAAGUUCUGUUUAAUUAAGAUUUUAUUAUCCCCUGCUAUGUUAAUAGCUUGCUAGACCCUGCAAGAGCCUCCUGUAUGUGAUUAAAGUUCAAUUUAGAGAUUGAGAUACAAUUAUUUAAGGUAAAUUACAUCUGUUUGAAAGUGAAACCAGUUUUUUUUUUUCAUGCAGGCUCUGCCAAUCAUAGCCAGGGGAGGUGUGGCUAGGGCUGCAUAAACAGAAACAAAGUGAUUUAACUCCUAAAUGACAGUGAAUUGAGCAGUGAAAUUGCAGGGGAAUGAUCUAUACACUAAAACUGCUUUAUUUAGCUAAAGUAAUUUAGGUGACUGUGGUGUUCCUUUAAGGCUCUUUAUACUGGUUACAGAGCUUAGAGUCUGUGGUUGCCCUCCUCUCUCCAUUUUUUCAUUUAUUUAUUUUUUAAAGCAGUUUUGUAACAGUAAAAAAAAAAAAAAAAAAAAUUUAAAAAUGCCUGGCCAGUGUGAAUGACCAUUGCAACACCCGUUUUUUACUACACGUAUAACUUAUAAACUACAUGUCUGAAUUAAGUGGAAUUACAAAAGCAUGAGUUUUGGGUUAGCCCAGCACUCUAUCAUUGCAAUUUAGGUUGGAUUGUUUACAAAUAAAAGUGACAACCUUUGGAAUGAGCUGUAACAUGUCUGGGUGCUUAGUGUGCCUAUUUAAUAUACUAUUGCACUGCAGAACGUAUCCCAAAAGGAGUGCUUUGUGGGCACGCUAAGGGUUUCUGGGGUUUGUAGAUGUAGUUUGUAGUACGCUUUGUACUUGAGAACAUACAUAUACAGCAAUUAACCAAGUGAGAAUGGAGCUGUAUUUUAAAUAAUUCUAGUUUACUGAUAAUCUUCUUUUUGAAAUGCAUACUAAUUCGGGAGUUCAGUACCAGCUAUAUCUGUAAUUGUGCCUAUUACUCAUCAACUUGUUAGAUGUAGGAGAUAAAUUGUGAAUAGAGAGUUUAUGUCGGAAACAAUUCAUGGAUGGAAAAUUCUGCUCGGAGGUGGAAUAGUAAAUAUAAUAAAUACACAGAGAAGCAGGGCUCCUGGGCUUAAAGUACAGGAAAAAAAGAUAGCAAUAGUAAAUAUGAAGAAAGAGAAUCUGAUUUUUACUUUAACCCCAUGGAGAUGCACAAGGCUGCCAUUGCUGUGAAACCUAAUGGGUGACUCUAAGCACCAUAACACCAUAGCAAAUGUCAUUUCUUGUUGGCCCCAGCACUAUGUGACUUAGAAUUACAACAAUUCCGCUCCCUCCUUGCUAUGCAAACUCUGUGCAAUGUGUGCACAAAUAUUCUCCCCCCACCAUACACACACUCCAAAGUUUCUCAAUAAAUUGUUGUCUACAGCCCUAGUUGUAGUUGUUUUAUUAUAUAUUGAUUAGAGAAAUUGUUAAAAAAAAAAAUAUAUAUAUCUGGCUUUGAGAUCUAGGCCAUACACCCUUGCAUAUCAUCACCUAACACACAGAAAGUUACCAUGAUUAAUGUCAAGUUUUGUCAUUGUGCAAAGUACUAAGUUUUUUCCAUGGAUAGCCUCAUGUGAUGUUGGUUUGCUUAGUUCUAUGUUCUAUAGCUUUACAUACCUACUAAUCUAUUACAGUGAUGGGACUCUGAAUCCAAAUGGGGUACGAUUUGGUAGUUCGGAAAUCUACAACAUAGGUGAGUGGUGAUAAAAUUGUUAAUUUACUCCUCAUCAGCCAGAAUGACCUGCAUUACAUUGCCUCCUCUGCCAAGACAAAAUGUUAAUUUUCAAUAAUACAUAUUUCUGAUAUUAAAACCAGGCGAAUGAAAGAGAGCCUGUCAGAAUUUUAAGUGGGAAGAAUUGGCUAGUGCUUAGCCUAGGCCUGUAAUGCAGAAAUUUGCUUUGGGGACUUGCUAAUUAAACACAUUUUCAGCAUUCCGCUGCUGACUGCAUAUACUAACAAAGCCAUUAUUACGGCUGGAGAAUAGAUACAGAUUAGACUCCCACUGCUUCCAUUCAAUUCCCGUUUGCUCUUCCCAAUCAGAUAUUAAGUGCGGGUUAUUACUAGAGCUUAGAAGAUAGAUGAGGUCGCACAGACUUCAUUGGCAAAGCCUAACAGAGCUACAACUGCAUCCUAAGUAAAAAGAAUGUCAAGUCUUAAUUGUGACCAACAUGUACCAAUUUACAGAAUGCAAUCCAGAAAGAUGUGCAUAUGACAAAUAUAUUAAAAUUUUUAAAAUAAAAAUAUAUAUAUUUUUUUUCUUCUCUUUGGGUGGUAUUUUUGGGUGUUCCUCAUUCUCAGGUCCUCUACCAGAGUCUCGGGAGUCUCUGCACUUUUCACUAAACAUGCAGCAUUGUGCCUUAAAAGGACAGCGCAAGUAUCAAAUCAACUUUAACUUAAUGAAGCAGUUAUGGUGUAUAGAACAUGCCCCUGCAGUCUCACUGCUAAAUUCUGUCAUUUAGGCGUUAAAUCACUUUGUUUAUACAGCCCUAGUUAAAACUCCAUGUGACUUGCACAGCCUUCCUAAACACUUCCUGUUAAGAGAGAUCUAAUGUUUAAACUUGCUUUAAUUCAAAUUCUGUUUAAUUUAGAAUUUCUUGUCUCCUGCUUUGUUAAUAGCAUUCCAGACCCUGCAGGAUCCACCUGUGUGUGAUUAAAGUUCAGUUUACAGAUCAGGAGAUAAAAACCUAUAAAGCAACAUAACAUGUGAUUGAAAAUUAAGCCAUUUACUUAAUGUACUCUGUGUGAGUAAGGGGAGGUGUGACUAGGACUGUAUAUACAAAACCAAAAGUGAUUUAACUCCUAAAUGGCAGAUAGUUGAAUAGUGAGACUGCAGGGCAUGGUCUAUACAUCAAAACUGCUUCAUUAAGAUAAAGUUGAUUAGGUGCCUAUAGUGUACCUUUAAUUUUAAGAAAUGUUCAAGCACAGUCAACAUGAGUAGUAUUUAUUGACUUGUCAAAAUGCUUUGAUUAUUUAUCAUUACUACCGUACAUCCCAAGCAAUCUUCAACAUUUUUACUGUGCUAUAUCUAUCUUCCCCUGUCUAUUCCAAACAUCUACUAUUCUUCCUGUAAAGUUGUAUUAUUCUCAACACCUUUCAAAUCUUUAAUUCCAAAUUAACCCCCUCCUCAGUAGUUUGGGGUUAUUUAUUAAACAGUGAAUUCUGGUGACUGGCACCAAAUUAUAAAAUUGCUGAUUUUAGAAAAAAAUUCAUUAUAUUUUAGCCAGUUAUUUCAGAAGCAACCUUCCAUCUCCCACAUGACAUUAGCUAGUGGGACAUAUUCUUACUGCAAGAAACUCAACUUGUCUAUUCCUAACUCUUGUUGCAGUUGAAGCAUUUGCAGAAGUUUCUGAUAGUCUGUGUGUCCCACAAUACAACAAAGAUGGAGAGGAACGGGUCAUUCUUUUCCUUAAAAUGGCCAACAGUUUUGAGUUCAGCAAGGAGCUGGUGAAGAAAAUAAAAGAUGCCAUACGCGUGGCACUUUCUGCAAGGCAUGUUCCAGCCAUAAUCUUAGAAACAAAAGACAUUCCUGUAAGUAUACACUCAUUGGGUUCUUCGAAGAAAAUGUUAAAAUAAUUCUGUUACCAGAGUGGUGUUAAACUGUCAUGUGUCUAUGAAGAUCCAGCUUAGUCAGGAUGGAUGGGUGCCCUGACCGCUUAAGAGCAUGGCCAACCAACCAGCGAAAGAGAGAGAAAUAAUUCCAAAGUUCUAAGAUAAAUCUAAGCCAUCUUUAUUCCAAUUAUCAUGCCCCACAUAGUCUCACUGCUCUAUUACCUGCCACUUUCUUUAUGCAGCCCUAGCUACACCUACCCUGGCUGAGACUCACACAGCCUCCAUACACACUUCCCUUUUCCACUUUGUGCCUAAUUUAAAAUUUCUUUUCUCCUGCUCUGUUAAUAUUCUGCUAGAGACUGCGAUAGCCUCCAGUGUGUGAUUAAAGUUUAAGGUCCAUUUAAUUUCUGGAAGCACCUCUAGUGGCUGUUUGAUAGACAGCCACUAGAGGAGGAGUUAACCCUAGCAGGUAAUUAUUGCAGUUUAUAGCCUCCAGUGUGUGAUUAAAGUUUAAUUAACAAGCAAAAUAUAGAAAAUAAACACACUGUGGUGUAAGAUCUGAUUGAAAAUAAAACCAUUUUUUCAUGUAGGCUGUGUCAAUCACAGCCCAGGGAGGUGUGCUUAUGGCUACAUAAACAGAAACAAAAGUGAUUUAAUUCCCGAAUAGCAGAGAAUUAAGCACCCCUUCAGUCACUUGCCUGGGUCCAGCACUGAUGUCCCUCGCUCCUGGGGAGACCUAAUAUGCAUGCUUUCCUAUGGGGAAAAUUCUGCUGCUGGAAUUCCUCAUGAGGACGUCCAGUGUCAGAUAACGUACCAAAGGUCCAUUUAAUUUCCGGAAGCACCUCUAGUGGCUGUCAGGGGCGGAUCCAGAACCAAAUCUCGGGAGGGGCACUUAAGUGGGCUAGAGCGGGGUGAAACAGGCUGCAGCGGAGGAAUAGGGGACUCUUGUUUAGGGGAUAGAGGCUGUACACAUAUGCGGCCACACACAGUGAUAUGGAAACACAAUAACAGAUACAGACACACACUGGCACACCCACAGAUACAAACCUAUACCUACACAGGCACACACACACACACACUGGCACAUAGAUACACACAUACCUACACAUGCACACUGGCGAAACCUCACACACACAUCCCUACACAUACACAGAAUGACACACAUACCUUCACAUACACAGAUACAAGGUAAUAGAAUAUACAGGCAUAACUCCAGGUACUGAAGGUGUAUUUAUUGGAGGGUAGAACACGUUUCAGCCCUUGGGGGCCUUAAUCAUGUUUAAGUCCCUCUAGGGCUGAAAAGUUGCACUUUUAUGUGGUGUUCUACCCUCGAAUAAAUACACCUUCGGUACCUGGUGUGUUGCCUGUAUAUUCUAUUAUCUUGUAUUGUUGGACGGAUUAGCAGUGUCUAUCUAUUCCAGAGCACCUUUGAGACUGUGGACCAGAGUGAAAAGCGGAACCUGAGUGCAGUGGACGACGCUGUCUGUGGUACACACACAGAUACAUACUCACAGAUACACAUUAACACUCACAGAUUCACACACUGACACUCCGAUACACACAGAUGUCCACAUACCUAAACAUACACACUGACACACACAGAUGUCCACAUACCUAAACAUACGCACUGGCACACAGAUGCACACAUACACACAUACCUAAACAUACACACUGGCACACACAGAUGUAUACAUACAUAAACAUACACACACAGAUGUCCACAUACCUAAACAUACACACUGACACACACAGAUGUACACCACAUAUCUAACACAUACACACACAGAUGUCCACAUACAUAAACAUACACACUGGCACACACAGAUGUAAACAUACACACUACAUAUCUAAACAUACACACACAGAUGUCCACAUACUAAACAUACACACUGACACACACAGAUGUCCACAUACAUAAACAUACACACUGGCACACACAGAUGUCCACAUACAUAAACAUACACACUGGCACACACAGAUGUCCACAUACAUAAACAUACACACUGGCACACACAGAUGUCCACAUACAUAAAACAUACACACUGACACACACAGAUGUCCACAUACAUAAAACAUACACACUGACACACACAGAUGUCCACAUAAAACAUACACACUGCACACACAGAUGUCCACAUACAUAAAACAUACACACUGACACACACAGAUGUCCACAUACAUAAAACAUACACACUGACACACACAGAUGUCCACAUACAUAAACAUACACACUGACACACACAGAUGUCCACAUACAUAAACAUACACACUGACACACACAGAUGUCCACAUACAUAAACAUACACACUGACACACACAGAUGUCCACAUACAUAAACAUACACACUGGCACACACAGAUGUCCACAUACAUAAACAUACACACUGGCACACACAGAUGUCCACAUACAUAAACAUACACACUGACACACACAGAUGUCCACAUACAUAAACAUACACACUGACACACACACAAAUUGCAGCUUCCAUAAUGUUAAGCACCCUCCCCUCUCCCCUCUGCUUAAAUACCUUUUUCUUUGCAGGAAGGUGACUUCCUGAGGCCUGAGCCUGAUGGGAGUCUGAAGCUGCAGAGCUCUCUCUCUCUCCUCCUUCUCUCCCAGCUGCCUGUGUCUUCUCUCCCAGCUGCAUCCUGGGUGUUCUCAGCCCGCGCGGUCUGUAUGCUGGGAGGAAGUAACAGUCACUUCCUCCCAGCACUCCCUGCAACUUUAAAGGGGCCCGGUCUGCCAAAGGGCUGCAGCACCCGACCGAGCCCCUAAUGAGGUCGCUCAACUGAUGGCAGCUGCACUAUUUUCCCGGGGGGCAAUUUCCCGUUGCCCCUGGAUCCGCCACUGGUGGCUGUUUGACAGCCACUAGAGGAGGAGUUAACUAGCAGGUAAUUAUUGCAGUUUAUAAAGCUGCAAUAAUUACCACUAAAGGACCACUAUAGUGCCAGGAAAACAUACUCGUUUUCCUGGCACUAUAGUGCCCUGAGGGUGCCCCCACCCUCAGGGUCCCCCUCCCGCCCGGCUCUGGAAGGGGGAAAGAGGUAAUAACUUACCUUUUUCCAGCGCUGGGCGGAGAGCUCUCCUCCUCCUCUCCGCCUCCGUUACGCCCCGCCGGCUGAAUGCGCACGCGCGGCAAGAGCUGCGCGCGCAUUCAGCCCGUCGCAUAGGAAAGCAUUUACAAUGCUUUCCUAUGGACGCUUGCGUGCUCUCACUGUGAAAAUCACAGUGAGAAGCACGCAAGCGCCUCUAGUGGCUGUCAAUGAGACAGCCACUAGAGGAUUAGGGGGAAGGCUUAACCCAUUCAUAAUUAUAGCAGUUUCUCUGAAACUGCUAUAAUUAUGAAAAAAUGGGUUAACCCUAGAAGGACCUGGCACCCAGACCACUUCAUUAAGCUGAAGUGGUCUGGGUGCCUAGAGUGGUCCUUUAAGGGUGAAGGGAGUUUGCACCCAGACCAUUUCAAUGAGCUGAAGUGGUCUGGGUGCCUUCAGUGUCCCUUUAAUCAAGCAUCCAAUGCUGCUGUGCUAUCUCCUGUAUUCAGUGUAUGCACACACUUACAAUCACCUUAAAGGAUACAAAAAAGAUACGUUUUUUACUUACUGUAGCUUUUUAUUGAAUCUCCAUCAAAUUAAGAACGCUUACAUUGUUAAAAUGUGACACGCGUCUCCAAGAAUCACUGUGCAGGCAUAUACAUUUGCAGUGUGGUAUUUGUUACUGCUGUGUUCAGCCUUUUAGCAAGUCCAUACGCUGUCUAUCACAAAAGCCAAGAUAUCAGUCUGGGAGUGCGUAAAGAUGCCGGAGCUGGAUCCCACUGAACAGACUUUGAGGCCUGGAAGUACACACUGUUCAGGGUGCAAAGUGUGUUCAGCGGCAUCCAGCCCCGGCAUCGCACGGACUCCAGGACUGAUCUCUUAGCUCCUGUGAUAGACAGCACAAGGACACAAUUGUAUGUGCAUGCACAGUGAUUCUUGGAGACACGUGUCACAUUUUAGCAAUGUAAGUGUUCUUAAUUGGAUAAGGAUUAAAUAAAAUACAUUUACAGUACUAUGCUAUGUAUCGUUUGUAAUUUUUUUUAUACUUCAAGGUGCUUGAAAGUGUGUGCAUCCACUGAAUACAGAAGACAGCACAGCCGCAUCAAAUACUGGAUUAAAUCCCAACUGCCUAAAAAUUGGUUGCUAUGUUAUAUUAAAUCUUAAUGUAUCUUUCCUGGUAAAAUAUUUUAUAAAUAAAUAAAUAAAUAUUGCAGUGUCUUUAACAAGGCAUUGGGGUUAAGCAAACUUAAUGAAACACAUGGUAGAACAAUAUCUUAUUAUUGAACGUUCAUCUUGGCAAUGUGCUGGGAAAUAUCCUCAUACACCCUAAAAUGUCAAAACCUGGACUUUUAAAAUGUGUGCUUAUUUAAACCGCAGCAGUCCGCUCAUUGAAAUCACUCUAUUAGCCCAGUUAGUGUCGCUGUCACUGGUAAAGUCAGGGCUGUCUACUAUUUAAAACAGAGUCCACAUACCAUGUAUACUCUACGAUUUCGGAUCUGAAUUGUAUAAUCUUUUAUUAUGCAAUAGAGAGUGAAAAAACACAUCUAGAGAUAGAGGACUGCAAAGUUCCUCAACCGGACUACAGUGCAGCAUACCUUACUGAGGAGGGAAAAAAAAGCUGCUGUAUUUUUGUCUUCUAUAUGCAAGUAAUCUCAAUAUCCACCUCCAGAUAGCCACCUUGACGUGAUUAUGUGAAAAAAAGCUUUGACCUUUUCAGUGGCAAAGACUAGAAGAUCUAUUGAAAAUGAAUUACCUUUUGUAGUGCAGAAUAAAUGUAUGCGUUUCAGCAUAUGAACCAGUUAGUAGGGAAUAUAAUUUAAUGGCCUAAUUUAUCCAUAUUACAUGGCAAUCCAGUAUGCUCCAAUUCUCUCUAACAAUGCAAACUACAGUGCUAUUUUACGUAGUAAAAACAAUGUUUUCUUUGUUACAAUUAUAAAAAUAUGACAGAUAAAAAUGCUCUACCAAGUGUAUAAUAAAAUAGAGAUAUAAAAUAAUAAGGAGCAUAUAUAAAGAGAAAACACCGUUAGAGGAUACAUAAGCCUAGUAUUUAUUUGACUUUAUAUCACACACAUUUAAGCAUUUUUAUAAAUGUUUAAAAGGAUCUGUUACCUGACACAAAUUUUGUUAAAUAGUGGUUGUAAGGACCAUAACUGCUUAGUGUUUAUUAUGUAGCUUAUAAGUGUAGUGAUCAACAAACAUUAGUGCAGCUACAAGACUGCCACUUCUCUAAAUGACCUCAAACAGUGACAACAGAUGUAAAAUAUGCACAGAAUUGACUUUCGACAGCCUGGAGUUCUGUGCUGUUGAAGUUACAUGUGCGGGGGAGGGGGUAAUUAACACAUGGCACACAAGUACAAAUAACUCUGACUGUGCAGUGUUUCAAAUAGAAACACAAAUGGCCAUGAUGGCUGGAGUAACCCUUCAAAGAUUUAGCAAGUCCCAUCACAAUCCUGUUUGGUCCAGGCACAACCAGGGCCCCUAUUUCAGUAAGAAGGAGAAAUAUAAACCUAUGUAUGUUUUCUCCUCUUUUUAUGCUUACUCUAUGGUGACUGCCUGGUGAAAAGGACACUGCUUAUAACAAUGAUUGACAGGGAGCUAAGUUAGAGGCACCCAGUGGCAUUUCCCCUACAGCUUUCUAUGAAGGGUUGUACUGAAUCACAUACACACACACACACACACACACACACACACACACACAAAUCAAGUCUCUCAAUAGAUUUAUAUUAUUAAAAUAAAUUAAUUUGUUAAAGGUUAUAUUAUCAGCUAAUGACAUUUGUUUUUCAUUUGGAUUUAAUUUGAUUUCUCAUUUUAAUUUAAUUGGCUUGCUUGGUUUAUUUCCUGCCAGUGCAGGUAUUUUCUAACACAUUUUUGUUGGUACUGCAACAUUAUCAUGAAACCUUUUUCAUGUUUGGAUGGCUGACCACAAGUGGAACUGUCACUGGUGGUGAUGGUAGUGGUAACACCUGGGGAGGAGAAAGGAAUGACCAAAAUACCUAAAACUCUCCAUCCUUCAUACCACUAUUUCCGAUUUACUCAAUUUUCAGUUCCUAGCACCAGGUUCACAUGCCAUGAACCUAGUGCCACCAGUACGCUCUUACUCAUGCUCAAGAGUACGAAACAAAAGUCUAUGGAAGGUCCCACAAGACUGCAAGAUCCUGCAUGGACACAAUUGCACAAUAACAAAUCAUAGAAAUCUAUUGCAUGUUUGUUACAAAAAAUGCCUGUUUCUGUCAGCUGUCAUUUGCAGUGUCUCAAAGUAUUUCCUACAAUGUUGGAAGUUCCUGUACAGUCAGAAGGUAUACAUGAGGCAAUGCCACUUUAAUUUAAAAUUCAGUAAAAACGUAUUUGAUGGAAAAGAAAUUAAAACUGCUUGUUAGUGAAUGGGAGCCUGCAUUGGCUUCCUUCACUUGUGCGAGCUAGUGCAAGGGGCUCUGUGUUGUGUGUGUGUGUGUGUGUGUGUGUGUGUGCGCAUGUGCUCACAAAGGUUUUUAUGAAAAAUGUAUAGAUCUCCUUUACAAAGCUAAAGAUGAGGCAUUUCAAACUCCAGCCUUAAAAAUGUUGUCUACAACUUUCAUGAAUUUCUGGCCAUCUGCUAUAUUUAGAUAAUUCUGAGAGUUGUAGGCCAUCAGCAUCUGGACAGCAGCGUAUGAGAUUCCUGUCAUUGACUGUGACUGGCUGAGGAUUUUCCUAGUUUCUGAAGACGUUGAUUAAAAAAAGGCCUGAUGAUGGUUUUUAACAGGGAAUGUUCCGAGGUUAGCAUCUUUUCCUUUUAUAUGCAUCAUCUCCAUGACACUAAAAUGGGCUUUAAAUUCACCCUGGAUUGCCUCUUUAAUAUGACCUCUAAAAAAGAUGUUGAAACAGACGAACAAACGUUCAUUGCACAAUCUAAAUACACAAAUCACCUUAUUUUGUCACUUGUGUUAUACCACGGUUCCUUUCUCUAGCUGUCAACGGUGAUGUCUUCUCCUGUUGUUGACCCCCUUCUGUGUGUCCUUUUGUUGCUUUUUGCUCUUCUACAUUUCUAGCUGUUGGGCAGAUAUAUUUGUUAGGCUUAGACCGUUAAAAGACCUGUUGGCUUCAGUAUGUCUUAUGAAACUAUCACAUUAAAAAAGAUUUACAAUGGGUGAUUUGCCAAAAUAAUUGUCUUUGUUAUCCUACAGCCCAGUCAUUCAGCUUUGUAAGAGUUAAAAUGUUCAAAGGGAAAUCACAAAGUACUGAGCAAAUUAUGUGAAAGUUUGGCAACUGUUUCUGACCUUGAAUGAUUAUAGAACUGCCAAGUUUCAUCAUGAUCUGAGUCCUUUUCCCAUAAGUCAUAAGCAUCUGAAAAACAGGAUUUAACAUAAUGCUACCUCACUAGAUUUAAUGUAAAGAACGAUGAGUUUGGCAGAGAACUGUAGAGACUGAUAUCCAUUCCUAAGCUCGUACUAAUGUAUCUAUGGGAUAGAAAAUGUCUUUAUGUCUGCCUAUUUCAUAACUUCCCAUUUCACAUUAUUCACUUUAGAAGUUCCCACAUGAAUUUUCACAUUUUGCACACGUUGAUCAUUAUUUUGUCAUUCCCCCAGCUUUUUUUUUUUCUUGAGAGCCGACUGAUGCUUUAAAUCUGUUUUUAUGGAAGAUUGUUUUUUGGAAUUUUCAUUAUUGUUUUGAAUAUAGCGAGAGAACAACACAAUAAAAAAUGUAUGCAUAAAAAUCGAAGCAAAACAAUGAACUAUAUUUGUAAAACAAACUAGACUGUUUAAAAAAAAAAAAAAAAAAUACUGAUGUGAUACCAUACUUUUCUAUUACAUGUCCCUUUAGGACCUGAAAGCUGGUAAAUGUCAACUGUUCUCUAGUGGUCUAAUCUAACCAAGCAUUGGGAACAAUAUUUAGACUCAUUUAUCACUUGGGUUUUGAUAUUAAUCAUUUUAUGAAAUAAAAAAAACUUUCUUUUUUUUUUUAAAGGAUCACUAUAGUGUUAGGAAAACAAAGUGGUUUUCCUGACACUAUUGUGCCCUGAGGGUGCCCUCACCCUCCGGGUCCUCCUCCUGUGGGGCUGAAGGGGUUAAAAUUCCUUCAGCAGCUUACCUUAUUCCAGCGCCGGGCUCCCUUAGCGCUGGUGACCUUUCCUCCCCCGCCGUCAGCUCCCGAGUGGAGCGGAAUGCACAUUCAAAUGCCGCGCGCGCAUUCAAGCUGUCAAUAGGAAGGCAUUUUUAAAUGCUUUCCUAUGGACACUCUGCGCGAUAGAUGCGAAAUUUGCAUCCAGCGUCGCAGAUGCGCCUCUAGCGGCUGUCAGGAAGACAGCCACUAGAAGUUGGCUUAACCCAUAAUGUAAACAGAGCAGUUUCUCUGAAACUGCUCUGUUUACAUGUGAAGGGUUAAAACCUGAGGGACAUUGCACCGAGACCACUUCAUUGAGCUGAAGUGGUCUGGGUGACUAUAGUGUCCCUUUAAGAUAGGUUGGGAAAACAUAAUUUUUGCAUAUAGUCUGAAGUCCUUGUGGUGGGCGGUGCAUAUAGUUAAAUCUCUGACAUAGACAAACAUAGAACCUCUUAAUUUAUAAAGUGAAUAUUGAUGCUCUUGUUCAGAUAGACAUCUUAAUUUCUUCUCUCACCAACAAAAAAUGAACAUCUGUAGUUCUACAGUGAGUUUGCAAUGUCCAGAGUAUAUAAUUAUAAUUUCAUACACUUGUUACUUGAACCUAGGGGAUGCCGAAUUCACCCUGCGUGUGUCUGACUUUUGAUGGUAUUGAUUGCAGUAGUUACAAGUGUUUGGUUUAUUAGGCUCUCACAAGUUAAGUCGAAGUACAUCUCGCAAGCACAUUAAUACAUAUGUGUCUGUUUUUGACAAAUUCUGGGCUUUCGAUUUAAUUGAGUUUAGGGUUAAAACACAAUAUCUUACCAUCUUUCUUAAAAUAAAUACGUGAAUUGCAUUCAAACAUUCAGUCAAUUUAUAUAGCUUUCAUACAAUGAAAUAAGUGUUUUAUAGAAGUGUUUAUGAUAAAGUUUGCCCAAAUUCACACGGAGGAUAUGCACACUAAACAACAUGGCAUUUUAGUGGCCUCUUACUCUUCUUACCUAGGUAAGAACAGGAUCAGAACAUAAAAAUGACAGGGGGGAGGGAAGGAAGCGUUCAGAUCAGGAAUAGAAGAGUAAAAGAUUGACUAGGAUAAGCCAGAACUUUGCAGGGAUUACUAAUUUAUGUGCAGUACAAGUAUGGAGUUGUCAAUGCCUCACCACUCCAAAGUCUGGUGAUCACUUAAAAUUCCCUGUAUAUUGGCUGUGUUGAAAUUUAUGAUCUUGAAAUAUUUGUAACAGUGGGUGAAGUUACCAUGAGCAUCAUGCUUUAAAGAAAAUGUUAAGCAUUUCAUGUGGUUGAGCCAUCAUUCGCUCAAUUUCCAGUGUAGGGAUGGUAAGUAUACUCCAUGGGAAAUCAAGGCUUAAAUAGGCAGUUAGGGCAAUGUAAACAUCCUGAUUGUUUUAAGGAUCUGUCAAGUGCUAAGGAUGUAUCUUGUUUUUAUUUGAAAACACUAAUUUGAACUAUUUUGAUUCCUUUCCAGUAUACAAUCAGUGGGAAGAAGGUAGAAGUUGCCGUGAAGCAGAUCAUCGCAGGAAAAGAAGUAUCACACCGGGGGGCAUUUUCUAACCCCCAGUCCUUGGAUAUCUACUCUAAUAUUGCAGAGAUCCAAAACUUCUAAGCACUUUGGAUAAGAGACUUUCUGUACACUUGUACAUACCAUUACUUUACCCACUAUAUCGACCUAUUCUAAAUCUCUCUUUAGGUAUUUAAGGCAAAUGUUACCCGUUAUCUUGUUUUCUGCCAUCAUAAAAGCCAUGCAUGUCAUUAGGAAUUUGGAUGAAAAAACGUCAAUGGUAAAUCUAAAAAACAGAACAAAAAUACAUAUGUAUACAAUAAUGUGAAAAUAUAUAUAUGCUGUCAUUUCGACAGUACAUUUUUAACAAGACAAAACUGCCCAAUCUACUUUACUUGAAUAACAUUAUUUUUCAGAGGUGUCUGCAGAUUAAUAUAAAUGCACACUUAAUUCACAAUAUAAGGCAUGUUUCGGUUUUAAAAUGGGGACAAGUGUAAUAAUGUUUUUAACCCUUAUUAUGCUGCCGGGCUGGUAAAGCAUUACCUUGCAUUACAAAUAUGCCACCCUCUGUGCUGGCGGCCAGUGGGUGAAAGACGAUCUAUUCUCUAUAUGCUCUAUGAUAUUUUUUCUUAAUAUUUUUUUUUUUUAAUUUAGGUUGGCAUUACAGGUUUUAUUGGUUUACAGGUUACAUAAUGUACUUAAAUGACUAAAGUGUAUUUUUUGUGUGUGUGUGUGUUUGUAAUUAUGCCAAAUAUAAGUGCACUAACCCAUAUCCUGUUGACUGGACCUAGAGACAAUUUUCUAGGCUUUACUUAUCUGCUGCUUUAGUGUGUGAUGUUACAAUGCAUAUCUCAUUGUUACAAACAGCUGAGAUAAAGCACACUUUGAGUAGUAAAAGAAAAUACAUGUACAAUGAAACAUAUUAAUAAAAGUGUCACUAAUAGUGAAGAAGUUCUAAAUUUAGAGCUGUCGCCAUGGUAACCAGUUAAAAGUCCUUGCUGAUGGUUUCAUUAGUUUCCGUGGCGAUUGCUUCACUUUAAAAACUUUGCUUCAGUUUUAUCCACUAUGUCAAUCAUUUCAAAGCUGGAAACCGUGUUGCCAACCUUCAGUAAAUGUUUGCAAUUCCCCUGCAAUUGUAGGUAGGUGUCCACGAAGAAGAAAAUAUGUUCUGAUGCACUAUUUAAACUGCUGACUUGGUAAAUAGUAAUAUAAUAAAUAACUUUUAUAUUGAAAGGUAGUAAAACAAUAGUAUUUGACAUUUCCUACCCCAAUAUACAACUUUAUCAACUUUUCCAAGAUAACACAAAAAUAUGAGCAUGUGAUUGGAAAAUAAAGCGCUGGUACACACUUGCUCAUAUAUAUAUAUAUAUAUAUAUAUAUUUUUUUUUUUUAAAUACUCUGUUAUAAAACUAUAUAGUCCAGUACAAAAAUGUUGCUAGACAUUUUUGGGCCUUUACAUUUUUUUUAUUUGAAACAUUGUAGGUAUCCCUGUCUUUUGGGUUUACAGUUUUUUUUUUUUUAUUCAACUUUUUUCAACACCAUUGAUAAAGGUUUGUGAGUCGGACCAAAAUAUUGUGACUUGUAUAGGUUUUCAAAUACAAAAUUGUUUUAAAUUUUUUUUUGUUAAAUACCCCAUGAGUGCUCAGCAACCUCUUCGACCAAACUUUUUCAUUCUAGCAACAUUUGGAACACCAGGCCAUUUUCUCUUUACUGCUAAAUUUCAACAAUUGCCAAACAUUUCUACACUGGCAUUUUGUCUGCCCAAUCACAAUUAAGGUCUUAAUUAAGGUCAGUAUGUGAAUCUGUGUUUCCUUUGGCAAAAUAAUUUUGGUACAGAGGUUUAUCUUCAUUGUGUGACUUAUUUUGUAAUGUGGUUUGAGGCAAUUAGAUUGCAAAGCUUACAAACUCUGCACAUGUUACCAAAUAUUUAACUGACAUGUUGAUUGACUGUGCUAAUGUGAAAUGACUUUAUCGGUUUAUGUUUCAAGGGAAAUUAUUACCAAAAUGUAAAUGUAUAUAAUCAUAUUUAUGUUUAUGUUGUGUAGUAGUAGCAUUUUGUUCGGUUCAGGUACAUUUUGCAUAAAUCACUGUUACUGAUUGUUGUAUUAUUGGAAUAAAGCUUUCAUUGUUGCUGAAUUUGCAGUUUUUAUCUUGUAAUUGUACAACUUAUUACUUUAUUUUGCUGUUAGAAAUAAUAUCAAGGUGUUUCAUCACUCUAACCUGC